AUUUUAACGAAGUGUGUACAUUUAACAGGAGUUACUAAAGCUGACAGACAGACAGACAUAAUGAAAAUGAAAUAAGCAUGCGGUGAUCAUAUAUGAGAAAAAACAACAACUUUGAAACUCGAGCUACCAGUAGCCCUACAGGCAGCAGAGAAUAGCUGCUGCUAGGAACCAGAUAUACAGGCUCUGGUUUCUGAGGGAGCAUGUUGAGAGGGUGGGCAAUAGUCCAUUCCUGGUAAUGAAAGCGUGACAGUCGUGUAUGUGUGGUGUCCACUAUCACACAGAUUGCAUCUCCACCUUCCUGGGUGUGAGUUAUGAAUAGAAUGUUGAGACUGGAGAACCGGAUCUGAAGCAAAUCAAUAACAAGGCAGACGUGGCAGCGAUAUGCAUGCUAGUACUGUAUAGAGAGCUUCCUCCUGUGCUGUCAGCUAUGAGGAUCCUCUUUCUGGCCUGUCUCAGAGCCCACACUGGCAAUUCAACCACAGCAGAGAGAAUCAAGUAAGCACCAGCCAGGCAGCCAUCCCUCAUAAUAUGUUUGCCAAAUAAAUUACCGGUAGAGGAGGCAGCAUGCCAAGCUACAGCUUGGUCAUUAUAAACUUAAAUAAUGUGCAGCCUUUUCCCAGGUUGGUCCAGUAUGCUUAUUAUUUGCACAAUCCUUUUUGUCAUGAUUUGUGUGAGAAUGCAUUGCCUGCAACAGAGGGGAGGUCUAAAGUUGCUUGUCUAAAGUUGUCUUACUGUGCUCCAAGUAUGUCAUCACAAAUUCUAUGAAAUAAAGUUACAUUGAUUAUAUUACCAAUCUACGCCUGCUUAUUGUUGCUUGGCAUUGUUCCUCUUUUGGAUAUUCAUAUUGAAAAUGCAAUUUGUAAUAUCAUUCAUAAAAUAUUCUUAAAGAAUUAUUCUUAAAGAAUAAAAGAGAGCUUAUGUUGGUAACUGGUGUGUACUAAAGAGGCUCUUUAAGGCAGCAGUGAUAGGCAGAGAGUGUCAGCUGUGAAUGUCAUCCAAAUGUAGAGGGAAAUGAAGUGGAAGUGUAACUUCUGCAAUAACUUUCUUUUUUAUAUAUAUUAGAAAAGAGGUGACAGGCCACAGGCACCCAGUGGACCAUUGGUUUGUGUCACACUACUCAAAAAUGCACAUUGUCCACAAAUUUUCUACCAGUAUUAUAUUCAUGUUGUUUUCCCCAACAAGGACAUUGCUGACAGACUGACCGACUGAUUUUAGUUUAUGUUUGCAUUGGCAUGCCUUGUUAGUAUAAGCGUUAAAGUGUAACUUUACUCCCUCAUAGGCAUGCUGACUGAAAUGUGUUCAUUACAAGUGCCCCCAUGUUUGAAUAAUUUGAAAUUUCAAUUAGACCUAUUUAGCUUGAUACAUAAGUAUUAAAAAAAACAAAAAACAUGUGGGGCGGAGCCAAGCUACUGAACUGAACGGUCGCAUGCCUGCUGUGCUCCGUGACCAGAGGCCUAUUUGCCACAUUUUUAUUGAAUCCAGCCCCAAACAAACCGACCCCACCUGGAUCCCCAGGCAACCCGUAUCGACAUGGGUCGAAAAAUGAAAACACAAAGCACAUACAGCAAGGCAGGCCUUGCAGGUCUUUGCGGAACAUUGCCAUAUCCAUUUGGAGAUCCCACCGUAGGCCUGCCAGCAGCUCUUGCAUGACAGCCUUGGUUUGGUUGUUUGGUGGCCAUCUUGAGCAGUGAUGCGCCAUGUGCCUGACGCCAUAAAUCGCCGAAGCUCGUGCCCAGUUCAAUGUUAUAGUAUGUUUGUUUCUCUCUCGGUCCUUCGGACAGAAUUGUGCUACUGAAGCGUUUAAUUUGUUUUUUUCCAUUUAGUCUACAAAAAUAAGUGCAGCGAAAACAACCUACAUUAUACAGAAUAUUGCGCACAUGUCUACCUUUUUUAACUAAUUGUUUCCAUACUGCCAAAGUUGAUAUAGAUUGUUUAAACAUAAUAAUAACAUAAAAAUGUGCAGCCAAUAUAUGCUCAGUUGAAAUCUAUGCUGUUAACCUCUGUGUGCUGCCGUGGCACUUCACUUAAAUCUACCUGCACAGCCAGAAAUCUUCAUACUAUACUGCCUCACGAGUUCCAACAUGGCCUAUAUUUGCCGUUUCUCUUUAUCUCUUCACUAUUGGCAUAUCGGGCCUAUCUCUUAGGGAGUAUUCUUCCUACUUGUUAUCAAUACAUGUGUUCCCACUUCAUGCCUCAACCUAAACAAUUGCACUAGUUUAAAAGUGCCCAUGCCAAUGCUAGUCUUAACAGUCAGUACAGUGAUUAUCUUCUUUCUGCUUAAAAAAAUAGAUGUAUUAUCUUGAUUCUUACUCCUAUUUUAACAAACAUUGUGCUGACAAUUGUAUGCCAUGCUGAUGUUCUAUAUUAUUACUCAGCUUUUUAUAGUUGUUGUGGCUUUACAAGCGUAUUGUUAUUACUCGCACAUAAAAAAACUCCCACAAGACGUAUUCGCCAACAUUUGAACUCAUAAAAACAAUACACUAUAAGGUAUAGCAGGUAAAGUGAGUGUGCAGACCUGCUAUAGUAGAGCUUGAUUGGAAAACACCAAUUGUGCAUGCUUGAAAUGCUAGUGGUGUGCCAACAGGCUUGUUUCUUAGCAGAACACACUGGGACAGAGCUUUACUUGUAUUGCGAUGCUGUUCUCCAUUGUUUUGCUACCAUGCUAGAGCAAUCCUUAAUUUGAAACCAUGACCUAACUAUAUCUACUAAAUUCUCCUCUGGUAAAGUCAUAAAUCCUUCUCUGACUCUCCAGUGCUUCUCUAAACAUACUUUUCUUGCUGACAUAAGGUGCUAAAUAGAUUCAAUAGUGGCUGUCUAACUGACGGCCACUAGUAAACACGGGUUUUGCAAAGUAUAAGCAGUGCAGUUUUUGCACAAACUGCUUUUUAUUCAUUUGCAAGGUGUCAGGGAAGCAUCUAUGCUCAAAUGCUGCUUCAUUAAGUUGAAGUGAUUUUGAUGCUCUCUUUAAAGGAAACUAUAGGCACUCAGACCACUUAAUUUCAAUAAAGUGGUCAGGGUGCCAUGUGCCUCCCCCAUUUUAAUCCUGGGGCUGCACAAGGCCAAGUUUUCAUUGCAGGGUUAGCCUGCUUCUAGUGGUUGUCAAUAUCACAGCCUCUAGAGCAGGGGUUCUCAACGUUAGUCCUCAGGACCCCCUACCAGUCCAGGGUUUAGGGAUUACCUGGGUGUGUCUAAGGUGUUUAGAAAAAGAAAAAAAAAACACCUUAGAGUCUAAGGUGUUUUUUUCACUUUUUCUAAACACCUGAGACACACCCAGGUAAUCCCCAAAUCCUGGACUGGUAGGGGUUCCUGAGGACUGGGUUGAGAACCCCUGCUCUAGAGGCACUUUCAUGAAGCAGAGUGUAAAAAUCUAUUUCAGUCAGAUGGUCUGACUGAUGCAGUGAAGUGUUUUGCCAUGGCUGCACAAUGGAUUUCAAAUGCUUUCCUUUGGAUGAUUUCAACCAAAGAGACUGGCACAGCGAGGUAAAAGGUAAUUAAAAUACAUAUUUUUUUUUUAAUAACCCUGGUAGCGCUGGCCCAGUCCCCUAAACAGUGACUAGGGCAGUAUAUUGUUAGGAACAUUCACAACACUCUUGCCCUCCCUCCAUGUGUAGAUUAUUAUUUCAUAUUCUUCAGUAGGAUGAUAUUUUAUCUUUAACCCCUUAUGGACCAAACCUCUGGAAUAAAAGGGAAUCAUGACAUAUCACACAUGUCAUGUGUCCUUAAGGGGGUUAAGAGACCCUCUGAUGUUGUUGUUAUGGUGCAGGGACUUUAUGAGUGCAGUCCCUCCCAUAUUUUUUCAAAAAGCUUGACAAAAAUGCAUUACUCUCUGUUGAUGUAUAUGCUUAUUAUUUACUUUGCAAUAUUGGAAAGAUAUCAGAAACAGCCAUACCCUGUCUAGUGAGAUUAGUCAAAACCUGAUUUAAGUAGAAUUUUGCUAUGUGGGUUCCACAUGUCCGUGCAUAAACCUCUAUUGUGUUUUAUUUUAUAUUCUCCAGGGAUCAUCUUGAAGCAGCGGGACAUCAAUGUGUGCUGAAAGAUGCUACAUCUUUAGAGAAUCCAUUUGAAUUAGCAAAGCUAAUCUCUGAAGAUAUGUUUGAUGCAGGACUGGUCAUUCAUCUGUAUAAAGCAGGCAGAUUUAUGCUGGGUAACUUUUUCAGUUCACAUGCAUGCAUAUGUUAUUGCCUCUCUUACAUGCAUCGUGAAUAAUGUCCAAAGUACUAUAGUGACUGAACAGAAGGAUGUGUGUUCAAUAAACAAGAUAAAAAGUGUACAAUAUGUUAGGGUCAAAUCAAACAUUUUCUAGCAUAAACAGGAAACAAAAAUAAAUUAUGAUCAUGUGCACCAAAAUUAAGGCAAUGUUUUCUCACUUAAGACAAGAAAAAAAGUGCACACCACACUCUGGUACUCAGUCAUUUGUACAUAGAUUAUUUUAUCCAAAACACAAGUUCAUUUGAGUCCUGUGAAUUGAGACAAAUCCACAGAUCUCAAUAACAUCACUUGAAUUAAGUUUCCCUGUGCCCCUCCCCCCCCUUUUUAAAAAUAAUGGUCAUUUUAAAAGUUAUAUGGAAAAGGUGGAACUACUUUUCCUUAUGUAUAGCCUGCAGUUUGCCAAAGGGUGAGCUUUAGUCAAGCUCCCUGUCCUUUGUCUAUUUUAUCAUUGGCUUGUACUUCCCUCCUUCCAUUGUCGUGACACUUGCAUGACUAUUGUGUCAUCACUUUACUGUGUUGGCACUUGUUGGAUACCGAGACUCAACACAGUUCCGCAGAAGCCGCUGGAGAUUCUCAUCCUGGGAAGGGUAUAGGCAGAAGUUUCCGGUGGAAGCCAUCAUAGGCACGCUAACAUGAUAGUGCAGUGAACAAAGAAAAAUUGAUAUAAUGUUAGUAGCACCAGUCCUGGGCCACUAUCUGUUGUUGGGUCGGUGGAGCUAGCGGGAGGCAAAAACAAGCUGUGGGACAGCUGUAGUGAUUUUGGUGACUAUAGUGUCUUUUUAAUAACUUAAAACAUGUCAGGUGGAAAAAUCCAUAUAAAUAGUUUUCUUUUUAAUUUUUUUAAAAAUAAUUUUUGUUUCACCCUAGUCUAGUGGCAUUAGUAAGGGUUGAUAUACAUUGUUGCAGAAACUGUUUAUUAAAUGGAACAUAUUUGUGGUAUGGGGAAGAACCUAGAUCAUGUUGUGACAAGAAUGGAAAUAUUUAUUAAUAAUUCUUUAAAUUUAUUUCCAGGCACCAGAAUCCCAUUUGGGGCUAUAUAUGGGGGAACAGAUAUCAAUGAAGAUGUUAAAAAUGAAGAGAAAUUUCGUGUGAUGGGAGCUGUGCUUGAUGAAGCCAGGUAACAAUGUCCUAAUCAGCUAUUGUGUCUGCAUUGCCACAUUUCUCACACAUUUUUCCUUUAACACAUGAAGUUGGCGUGAUUGGAUGGUGACUUGUUAAAUGCAUAUUACUGUGGUAAUGCCUUUUUCACAAAUAAUGUGACACUGACUACACAGCUUCCUCAAAUUCAAUGAAUCACCUACUAAAGUCAAUGAAUAAUUCUUACUUCCUCUUUUAAACAUUUCAAAAAGAAAUGAAAAAGUGUUUUCUUGUUCAGGAUUAGAAGAACAAUGUACAUGUAUCCGUGUUUGUCUGAAAAUAUUGUAUCGGUAUGUCUGUUUAACCCCUUAAGGACAAAACUUCUGGAAUAAAAGGGAAUCAUGACAUGUCAUGUGUCCUUAAGGGGUUAAAAACCAAGCUUAAGUAUGGCUAUGGUCAUUGUUCUGCAUUUAAUAGUAAUUGUGAAAGAAUGGUGGCUUUUAUGUUAACAAAAGCAUGUAAAGUUAGAAGUGAAUAGCAAAAUAUCUCACUGGCUAGGUUGGUUUUGCAUUGUUUUUGAACUGUUUGACUUUUUACCUGGGGUCCCAAUACCCCACCUCCUCUAUAAUGCAAGAGAGCCAGAAUCUUCUAAGCAGGUACUAUUGUUGGCUCUCCUGCAAUGCAUUGCUUAGCCUAUUGGCUGAGAGCAAUCAGUAGAUCUUGCUCUCAGCCAGUAAGCUAAGCCCUGCAUUUCAGGGCUUAGCUCAGUUGAGCUUACAGAUGUUGCUGCAUAAGAAUGUCUGUAUGGCUAGCCAGGAUUAAUAGUGGAGUGGAGGCAGGGAGUGGUGGGCUCCAGUCAUUCCAUGCAUAAACACUUAUGUAACCCUUUGGUCACAUGCUACCCUAAUGGUGCUGGCCCUGGUAACUGCUGAGCAGACUGGCAUGCAUGGGCAUGGAGAGUGUUACUGCUUUCCUGGGUAGGAUGUCCCCUUUGGUGUCAUUGACAAGCCUCCUAUUGGCUUGCAAACGAGCAGACCAUUUUCUUUAUUGAUGCCAUGCAUCCUUGGGGAAACAUUUCUCCCAAAUUUCUCCCUAAAGCACUUUAACUUGCUGAAAAGCAUCAUGUGUGAAGAGUGUUCCCUCUUUUUUUCAUUUUGAAAAAAAGUGACAAUUUCAAAUUUAGAAAUUUACACUUUUACAAAUUAACCUGGUAACACCCCCUGGCUUCAAGAAGACAGAUCCUGUCAGUUCCUAGUUUGGUUAGCUUAGUGGAGCUAGACUCUUAGAAGCAGCAACUGCAAUCAUCACCUACCUUGGAAAGGCUUAAAGGACCACUAUAGUGCCAGGAAAACAUACUCGUUUUCCUGGCACUAUAGUGCCCUGAGGGUGCCCCCACCCCCAGGGUCCCCCUCCCGCCCGGCUCUGGAAAGGGGAAAAGGGGUAAAACUUACCUUUUUCCAGCGCUGGGCGGGGAGCUCUCCUCCUCCUCUCCUCCCCGUCGGCUGAAUGCGCAGCAAGAGCUGCGCGCGCAUUCAGUCGGUCGCAUAGGAAAGCAUUAUCAAUGCUUUCCUAUUGACGCUUGCGUGCACUCACUGUGAUUUUUCACAGUGAGAAUCACGCAAGCGUCUCUAGCGGCUGUCAAUGAGACAGCCACUAGAGGCUUUGGGGGAAGGAUUAACCCACUUAUAAACAUAGCAGUUUCUUUGAAACUGCUAUGUUUAUUAAAAAAAUGGGGUAACCCUAGCUGGACCUGGCACCCAGACCACUUCAUUAAGUUGAAGUGGUCUGGGUGCCUAGAGUGGUCCUUUAAUUGAGCUGAAUUGCAAAAUCUGUGAUGGGACAGUCACAAUAAGUCUGGGUGCGGCUACCAGGUGAGGACUUGCAAAAGUUGCAGACAAGAUAAAUGCAGCUUUUUAAAGAUGUAUUAGACAUACAAAAUAAAACGUUGCAUAAUUAAGAGCAUGCAUGUUAUUUGUGGUAUAUCUACAAAACUGUAACUUAUUUUUGUAUUUGCUGGCGUGUCCCUUUAAGAUCAUGGACAGAAGGGAUAAACCAAACUAGCUGGAAACCUUUUUUUGAAUUACGAGACAGUUUUAUGCAGCUCUACUCAACUUAAAAUUAUAAGUUGUUUUUAAUUUGUUUUGUAUGUAGAAUAUGUUUGUGCUUGUGUAUUAUAGUUACAGAUUUUUCUUUUAACACAAAGAGGUAGCCAUUAGCAGGACUUGAAAGUGAUUGAGGAAGCUGUGUAUCUAAGUUCCAAUAUAUAACAAGCCUGUGUUCUUUGGAAGAGGAAUUGAAAGUUCUUUAGUCACGUUGAGGGUACCUGCCAUUGGGUAUUGUGUAAAUUUGGAUCUUGCAUCAGACUUGAGAAAGUACAUCGGGAAGGUUUCACUAUUAGGCAGUCACUGUUUAAGUGAAUAGGAAGAUUUUUUUUUUUUUUUUGGAGAGUCCCUAUCCUAUGCAGUUGUUAUACAGAAUGCUAUGUUUUCAAGAGUUUCUGCUAGUCACAGGCAGAGGCGAAUAGCAGAAGUUGUCAUGUCAAGUACUACCCUUAUAUUUAUUAAAGGAGCACACCACUACCCAAAUACCCCCCCCCAAAAAAAAUCACUGUUCAGUAGAUAUAAUAAAAACAUGCGUGUAUUUAAUUCUUUUGACAUAUAUCUAAAAACAACUUGCAAAAGCGGCAGUUCUCUUGUCUGCAGCAUUUGCAAGCCCUCCCCUUCUAACCCAGCCCAGACUUUCAAAGUAGCUCAAUGAGAAGUCUUUGCAAAGCAGGUGUUCUGGACAGUUGCCUGCCUCUUGAGUUUAGCUAAACAAGCAGUAAAUAACAGGAUUGGUUGUCUGAUUUGAAACUGAUAACAAAGUUAAUUUAUAAAUAUGCAAAAUUCUAUUUAAAUCUGCAAUUUUUGUAAAAUAAAGAAAAAAAAUAACACUCUUUACACGUACAGCACUUCAGCAAGCUUGGUUUAUGUGUUUGGAGUGUUCCUUUAAGCAUUUGGCUUGUACUGAAAGGGAUAAAGGAUAAAGGCGUGUUCACAAUUAGCAAAUAUUUAUAUAUAAACUGGAAUACUAAUAGUUUACUGAUUAGUUGCUAAAGCUUUAUUAAAUAUUUAUUUUCCUGAACCGUUCUUAUCUCAAACUCUACUCACAAACUAAUACAUUAUGUGAACUAUCAACUUUAGAAAGUAGAUUUUUCACUUAAUAUCACAGAGAUUUCUUUGCUUUAGAUCUGAAGUUUGCACACUUUUUUUUUUUUUUUUUUUUUAAAUAACAAACCUUGGAUAUGUUACAUACCUUUUUAAUUUUGUGUGUGUGUAUGUGUGUAUGUAUGUGUGUGUGUAUAUAUAUAUAUAUAUAUAUAUAUAUAUAUAUAUAUAAAAUCAGAUCAAUCAGGAGCACUCCAUUGGAUUCUCAAAAUAGUGUUUAAUAUUUUAUAUUUUUAUUGUAUUCACAUACACUGUUAUAUUUAUUUACACUUUCUUCUUCUAACAUUAUAUUUCUGCCUAUAUUCAUAUAGGCUCUUAACCUCUUUUACUUUUACACCUUUUUCGCGCCAGCACUUAGUUGAUUAGUAUUUUUACAGUAUUUGGGCUCCUGGUUACUGACAUCUCCAAUGAUUUGGUCCGGUUUUUAGUUGCUUGGUCCUCGGUUUUGUUUUGUUUUUAUGUCAGUUAGGGUUUCCAUGGACACGUUCCGUGUCUAUGGGGUCAUGUGAUUACGUCAUUACGCACGGAUACAGUGACGUUACUACGCAUGCUCACUACUGAGCGGCACUUGGUGAGCGCGGGGAUCACUUCACAGGUGGGGUAAGUUAGAUCUACUUUUAUUCCUGUAUAUAUUUGCACUGUUUGGAGGUUGUUAUUAUAUUGAUAAAGACCCUAUUCGGUCGAAACGUUGAUGCUGUGAUUUAUUAACACCGGAUUAAAAACACUAUUUUGAAAAUCCAAUGGAGUGCUCCUGAUUGAUCUGAUAUAUUGACUGGCUUGGAAGCACCCGGGUAAUUUCAUUGUUUAUUUGAUUUAAAGGAAGAGUGCCAGAGUUUGUCCUUUUAGAUAUAAAAAUAUAUAUAUAUAUAAUAUAUGAGGUCUUUGCUUCUGUUAUCUGUCGUCAAUGUCAAUGUUUGGAUAGUUUUGUAAAAUUUAUGUUUUCUUUAUUCUGUGUCUUUGCAUUUUGUUUAUUGAAACUCCAUUUAGUUUACAUCAUGGGUGUCCAACCGACGGCCCACGGGCCGCAUGCGGCCCGGUUGCCAUCCGUGCUGCCGGGCAGAGAGUGAGUACUGUUGUAGUAGGCAAUAAACAAGAAAAAUUAGAAAACAUUUAAAAAAAAAAAAAAAACAUUUUAAAAUAGUGGGUAUUUUUUUUACAUUUGAAUUUGGGGCAGGGGGUGCCAAAUGCUCUAGGUACGUCCCUGAGCCCAUUACAUUCUGUGCUCCUCCUGCACAGCUUCCUCACCGCCCCUGGUAGUGAGCUGUCCGCUGGGAUAUGACGUCAUCCUGGCAUCAUUGCUGGGCGCGCAAGGGACCUGUUCAAGAAGAGCACAGAGGUCCCUGGCUCCAGCCCAGCAGCAACCACUGGCCACCAGGAAGAGGAUCCACUCCAGUGCUCCCAGAGCAAGGUAGGGAAGCCAGGUGGACCUCUUUUUAGUACUAAAUGUGUGUGCAUGUGAUUUUUGUGUAUGUUUUGUCAGUGAUUGGCUGUGUGUGGGGGAGUUCUGUGGACAUGUCUGUGAUUGGGCGUGUAAGUUUGUGAUUAUGUGUGUGCGUCUGUGAUUGUGUGUUUGUAUAUAUGUGAUUUGUGUGUGAUUUUAUGUGUGUGUCUGAUUGUGUGUGGGUCUGAUUAUGGGUGUAUGUAUGUAUGUGAUUGUGUGGGUAUAUCUGUGUAUGUGUGUGUGUGGGGGGGGUCUUUGAUUGUGUGUGUAUGUAUGUGACUGUGUAUGUGAAUGUGAUUGUAUGUGUGUGUAUCUGUGGUUAUGUGUGCAUGCAUAUAUACAUGUGUAUGUGUUUAGUAGACAGCUCCCUAAUUUGAUAUCCUUAAAUAUGCCAAUCCCACACAAGGAUAACAAAUAAGGAAGUUAUCUACUAAACAAUUGAAAUAUCAAAAUUAAGAAGAGGGCUUUUAAAGAUAUUAUAUACAUUAUCUAUAAUCUAUAGUAUUUGAGUGAUGUGUGGCCCAAGACAAUUCCUCUGCGCUCAAUGCGGCCCAGGGAAGUCGAAAUGUUGGACACCCAUGGUUUACAUCAUCUGUUCACAUUAUUUCUUCUGGUUGUGCUGCAGAUUUAAUGUAUUUGCUUGGUUUUAACAUUUGCAAUUGCUAUUUUUCUUUUUAUUAUCAUGGUUUCACGUUAAUUUCUUCAUUACUGAAAUACCAUUUUUUUUAUUAAUGUGACAGUCACUCAGGCAGCCACUAGGGACUUUAGACUAACAGAUUCAGUUAUUGAAUCUAAAUGACAUACAAUGUGCUUCUAGAGAAGCACUGGAUGUAUGUGGACAACGAAUGUUAGUUUGAAUUUCAGAACUUGAUGUCAUUGCAUUACAACUCAUUGCUAACUGAGUAGACUCAUAUGUUUGCAAAAAAAAGUGCUAGAAUGCUAAUCCACUUUUUGUUUUUGGUUGUAGGAAACUGUUGUGUAAGACCUUGCCCACACAUAUAGCUGUUAAGUAAAAUGUUUAAAAAUAUGCUUUUUUCCUUUCUUAGCCUUUGUUAAAAUGCUGCCCACAGAUUUCUUGUUAAACAUUUCAAUUAACAUUUUCUUACAGGUUUGCUGUGGCAUUUACUUACAAGAUCAAAGAAAUUGCUGCAAUGCACUGGGUAUGACACUGACAAAUUAGCCCUUGUACUAAUAUACUUGUACUGUAUUAACCCUUUCAUAAAUAAUCAUUUGUAACAUAUUGCUUUGGGAAGCCUUUUGGUAGGCUAUUGACCUGGGACAUUAAGACACUCUGGAAAUAAGGGGAAACAUACGAUGCUUCAUUUGGAUAUUUAUAUAUGGGAAUACAUAGUAGUGCAUAAAUAGUACAUGGUAUUUUGAUAUAAAUAGCUACACAUGACACAUUUCCAUAGAAUCUUAAAAGCCAUAGCUAAUUGUUUGGAGGCAGAUAAAAUGUUAAUAUUCUGGACUUUUUUCUUUUUCUUUGCUGGCAAUAAAACAAAACUUAUUUAUCUUUUUAUUUAUCUGGUUUUCGCAGACCGACCAUAUAUAAAUCUGCCUAUCUGUCUGUCUCUAUGUCUAUUUAUGUAUCUUAAACAGAUAUGGUUUAAAUAAUCAUAGUUAAUAGUUUAACAGUACUAACCCCUUUAAAUAGCAGUUUAUAAUUAUAAAGUUAUAAUAAAGCUUUCUGAUAAGUUGACAUGAUAUUUAGGUUAGAGUUAAUAUAGGAUUUGUUGUGAAGCCUAAAACUGUAACAGUCCUAACACCUCCUUCUGCCAAUUCUAUUAGGACUGUUAACCCCUCUCCUCAUGAAAAUAUCCAUUUACCCUUUAAUUUGUUUUUCUCCUGCUGGAGGUGGGCAGUUUCUCUUGGUAUUUACCACGGCUGUCUGAGUGCUGUGAUAGCACUCUGUCCUUGAUCCCCAGUAUGUUGCCAAAUCCUGUAGAUUCCAUCUUAAAAACAUAGCCCGCAUCCGCCCCUUUCUUAAGCAAGAUGCUAGAGCUUGUCCAUGCUCUAAUAAUUUCCUGCAUGGAUUAUUGUAACCCUCUCCUAAUUGGUAUUUCUAAAAACCGUAUUGCCCUGCUACGGUCUGUAAUGAAUGCUGCCGCCAGACUGAUUUUCCUCUCUAGUUGGUCCUCUCACACCUCGCCCCUCUGUCAGUUCUUACAUUGGCUUCCUGUAUCCCAUAGGAGUCAAUUCAAAGUGCUAACCCAUACCUAUAAAGCAUUGACCAAUUCUAGCCCCUCUUAUAUCUCUCCCAGACCUGUCACAUACCUGUCUCUUGCUCUCUCCUUAAAGGACCACUCUAGGCACCCAGACCACUUCAGCUUAAUGAAGUGGUCUGGGUGCCAGGUCUCUCUAGGAUCAACCCUUUUUUUAAUAAACAUAGCAGUUUCAGAGAAACUGCUAUGUUUCUAAUAGCGUUAAUCCAGCCUCCAAAGCCUCUAGUGGCUGUCCAUAGGAAAGCAUUGUAAAUGCUUUCCUAUGAGACCAUCUGAAUGCGCGCGCAGCUCCUGCCGCACAUGCGCAUUCAGCCGAAGAGGAGGAGGAGAGCUCUUCAGCCGAAGAGGAGGAGGAGACCCCCCCUGCCCGGCGCUGGAGAAAAGGUAAGUUUAACCCCUUUCCUCUCCCCAGAGCCCGGCGGGUGGGGGCACCCUCAGGGUACUAUAUUGCCAGGAAAACGAGUAUGUUUUCCUGGCACUAUAAUGGUCCUUUAAGGGCAGCACUCUACUCUCUCUCCUCCAGCUCUGCUUCACUCCCACCUUAUUUGAUUGCUAUUUCCUGUCCUAUUGUGUUUUACACCCCACCUCCGAUAGACUGUAAGCUUGUUUGAGAAGGGUCCUCUUCAACCUAUCGUUCCUGUAAGUUUUCUUGUAAUUGUCCUUUUUAUAGUUAAAUCCCUCCUCUUAUAAUAUUGUAAAGCGCUACGGAAUCUGUUGUCGCUAUAUAAAUGACAAUAAUAAUAAUAAUAAUAAUAAUAAUAAUGAUGAUGAUAAUAAUAGCAGAAACCAUUUCAGGGCUCCUUCUUGUGUUUUUUUUAUUCUGUCAGAGCAUCUGGAGAAUCUGAAAUUAUUUCACAUUCUACUGUUAACUUUGAGUUAGUACAACACUUUAGUGUACAAAGAAGUUGUUCUUGCUGACAAAUAGUUUGCAUACAUUGUAAUUGCAAAUUUGGUGACAUUUUACAUUCUUUCUAUUAUUAUUUUUUAUCUGGUCUUUCUCCUUAAUUAAAGGGAUAUUCUAAGCACCCAAACAACUCUUAUUUAAAUGGACACUAUAGUGACCAAAACAUAUUUAUCUUAAGCAGUUUUUGUGUAUAGAUGAUGCCCCUGCACUUUCUCUGUUCAAUUAUCUGCUAUUUAGGAGUUAAAUCAAGUUUGUUUCUGUUUAUGCAGUCCUAGCCACACCUCCCCUGGAUUUGACUGAUCCGAACUUCAUGAAAACAAAAUGGUUUCUUACUUUAAAAGUUGUUAUUGUCUGCUCUGUAAAUAGAACUUUAAUCACACUCAGGAGGCUCUUGCAGGGUCUAGCAAGCUAUUAACAGAGCAGGAGAUGAGUUAUCCUAAAUCAAGCAGAGUUUACAAUUAAUAAAGUGUAAACAUUAGAUGACGCUUUACAGGAAGUGUUUAGGAAGGCUGUGUAAGUCACAUGCAGAGAGCUGUGAUUAGGGCUGCAUAAACAAAGUGAUUUUACUCCUAAAUAGCAGAGAAUUGAAAAGUGAGACUGCAUGGGGCAUGAUCUAUACAACAAACGACUGCAUUAACCUAAAGUUGUUUUGGUGACUAUAGUGUCCCUUUAAUUAAAUAACUCUUGUUUUAUAAAUAAGUUUUGACUUUUAGAUCAUGCUCCUGCAGUUUCACUGCUCAAUUUGCUGCCAUUUAGGAGUUGAAUUACUUUGUUUAUAUAGACCUAGACACACCUCCCUGGAUGGGAUUUGCACAAACUUCCUCAAUGCUGGAUUGCACAGUCAGUUUAAUCUAGAAUUUAUUACCUCUUGCUCUGUUAACAGCCUCCUAGAUUCCUACAGGAGCCCCCUGUGUGUGAUGAAAGUUGAAUUUACAGAGCAUGAGAUAAAAACUUCUAAGCAAGUUAAUGUCUGAUUGAAAAUAAAACAAUCUUUUUGUCUUACAUGCUGUGUUAGUCACAGCCAGAGGAAGUGUGUCUAGGACUGUAUAAACAAACACAAGUGACUUAACUCCUAAAUGGCAGAGCAUUAAGCAGUGAGACUGCAGGGGCAUGAUCUAUACACUAAAACUACUUCAUUAAGCUGUAGUAUAUAAAUCAUGCUCUCACUGCUCAAGUCUCUGCCAAUUAGAAGUUGUCUGGGUGCCAGGUCCCCCUAGUUUUAACCCUGCAACUGAAAACAGAGCAGUUUCAGAGAAACUGCUAUGUUUACAUUGCAGGGUUAAUCCAGCCUCCAGUGGCUAUCUUUCCUAUGGGCGGUUUGAAUGCGCAUUCGACUCCACUCGGGAGCUGACAUCGGCAGGGGAGGAGAAGUCACCAGCGCCGAGGGAGACCUGGAUCAAGGUAAGUGGUUGCAGAGGGGCCAUGAGGGAGGGGGGCUACCUAAUAACCCUAUAGUGCCAGGAAAACAGGUUCCCUCACCUCCUCCAGCCUACAUGGAAAGAAAUGGUUUCAUUUUCAAUCAGAUCUUACAGUAUUUUCAAUCGGAUCUUACAGUACAGUUUGUUUAGUUUACAGGUUCCUCUUUUCUAAAUUUGUGUCGCACACAGUAGACUGUUGCAGGGUCUAGUAGAUUUACAGAGCUGGAGAUAACACAAUCUAAUUUGAACACACUGUGCAAUAAGAGAUUCUAAAAAAAAAUACUCUUUUUCAGAGGCUGUGUUAAUCAUUUCUUCUGAAGCAGAUCUUAAAAGGUUACUCUAGCAAAAAAAAACAACUGUGUUUUAAGAAACCACUGGUUUUGAAUGAAUUACCCUUACUAGCCUGAUACUCCACACCCCAAAUCUAACCCACCUGCUCCCCCCCAAAUAGUUAAAACUUGACUUAUUUUCCAGUGCCGAUUCCAAGUUCUCCCUUGGGUCGGUCUUCCUCCACUGGCAUCACUCUCCAUAGCUGAGGAUUCAGGGAGAGUGAGCUGUGAGGAUGACAUGGACAUCAUGUACAGUGCUCUGUGCAGGUGUCAGACUCCACUGUAGCACAGAAUUAAUGUUAGCCAGCCCAUAACUCUUUUUGAGUUAGCAGCAGAGGGAUUAACCUCUCUAUGUACAGCGUUUCAUGGUGAAAUUCUACACAUACAGACUCCAGACAUCAUGCACAUAGUAGUAGUUAUGAUGCUUGGAGAGUUUCUUUAAGGAAGUGUGGUCCACAGGGUGCUAUUCCAUUGAUCUCUAUUUUGUAACGUUGACCUUUAUUAUCAAUAUCAUCUAGAUUAUUCUCACACUGACAAGAAUACUACUUUGCAUUGGAUAAAUCAGCUACAUGGUGUUGCUGCCACAACUUGUACCCUUUCGUUAAGACCUUUCAUGUCUAGUCUUAUAUCUGCUAAUUUCACUCUGUUGUCAUAUUUAAUUUCCACAAUUGUUUUUCUGCAGUCAGACUUUGUGAGUAUCAAAGUGUUCAUAUUGUGGAUACCUGUCUUUAUUGUGUUGUUUUUGGGUUUUCUAUCCAAUGAAUCCUUUGAAUGUGGCAAUGUUAGUGACUUGCAAGUCCACCAGUGUGCCCAAAUAUUCAUCAAUCAGACCAAGACUUAUGUGACUGUCCAGAACCAUUAGCUGGUGUAUGGGUCAUUGGUUCCAUCCAAUCAUAUAGUGGAACUCCAGCUUCACACACCCUAUGUGGUUGACUGUUGGGUCAUGCCACACAGAUUCAAUCUUUCAACAAACUAGCUCAAGGGAGUGGCUCCACCUCAGUAAUAAGGGGACUUUUGAAGACCAUGGGAGAAUGGGUAGAGGGUUUGAAAAAUGUUUGAACUUAAACAUGGGGAGGUUAAAUACAUGAAUAAAAACGUGAAUUUUGUGUACUGGAAGUCAGGUUUUAAUUUAGAAACUAUCAGAGGAAAGGAUGAGUUAGUGAAUAUGAUAAGGAGUUGGUCAAAUUAAUGCUAAACAGUGUAUGAAAAGUUAAACAUUAUUAGCAUCAUUACAUGUCUGCUUGCAUAUGCCAGAAAUUUAGAGCAAUACAGCUGCUAGCAUUAUUGCCAUGAAUAUUAUCAUUGAAACUGCGGUGUGAUCUUCCUCAUGACUUCAUAGGUAACAAAACAACAAAUGGGAAGAGGUUUAUAAGCCAGCACAGAAUUAAAGCCUAGUUUUUAGGAAGUGAUAUUUGAAGAUUCUGGUAAUUAUGUUGAAUUACAUUCAUUGUUGGAAUAUGCAAACCAAUGAAUGGUAGUAAUAUUCCCCUUUCAAUAAUUUACAUGGCAGAUGGAACACUUAGUUAGGUAGCAGGACACUAUAGCGUAAGGAAUAAAUUCCCAACCCUACUAGUGGAGGUCUGGCUAAGGCAGAGAUUACCCACCUACCUCUAGCCAUACCAAGUUAAAUCCAUUUAAAAUACCAGCAAUAAACACGUAAUAGGCUGUGUAACGGCACCCCCAGGCAUAAAAGGGGUUAACAGCCGUUUAGGAGAUAUUCCCUUCCAGAUAUACAGGCAGCUACUGUAGACACCAAUCCACCGAACCGGAGAAGCAUACGAAUGCUCUCAAACAUACGAAUGCCGUAAACAGCCGAAUAGGAAAAACCAUACGAAUUGGUUUACACUCCUAGAAGUUGAACUGGAACAGCAUACAAUAAAUUCCCCCAAGAACGAGACAAGGUUUCGAAGGUUAAACGAGACAAGGUUUUGAGGGUCAAGCAGGAACAGACCAGAGCUGUGGGUUUAUUGUUCUUAUAUACACAUUCUUACACAUUAGUACCAACCACAGGGUUUUGUAAAACAACCAAUAAACACGUACAAUACACUCAGACACUCCCACACAAAAUCCUCCCCUCUGCCUGUGAUACAAUUACCUUACACAAUGGGUUAAUGUAAUUAUCACAGGCAGAGAAAUACAGUUUUUCCACAUUAUUCAUAACUUUAAAAGUAUGCAUCACAUUCACACUUACAUUUUCAGAAUCAGCAUACUCAAAAUUCAAACAUACGUCAAAAUCAUACAAAUUGGUCCAGUGGUUCAAAAGAUAGAUCGUAGUCCUUUGUGACCAAAUGAAGCAUGGCUUUUCUGCCCAAAACCAGUUCCACAGCGUCUUCUAUCCUGGAGAUAAUUAGGAAGUAAUCCAAUUAUCUCCAAGGACAGAGGCAAAACUCCAUUGAACACAUGGUAGCAAAAGACAAUAAAAUACAUACAAAUAUAUAACUGUGCAGCUAUUGCAUAAAACAGAUACAUUCAACAAAUCCCCAGAUAGCUUAGGUCUGAGCGCACAUUAUUACUGAAUGGCGCUCAGAUCACAUACAUACAGUUCAAUUGCCAUGGAGCCAAAGUCUUUCACAUAGUCUUUCGUUAUACAAAUGGGCUCCAUGGCAUAGCUAUCUGGGGUAUCAAUGUUCAAAUAGGGCAAGUACCGAAUGACCCGGUUUUCAUGUCUUUGCAGGGGAAAAUCAAGCAUUUCAACAUGGGGCCAUAGUCUAAAGGCAGCAGGCGGGCAACCAGGCUCCUCCAAUGCACAGUGGCGAGAUUGGUCUCAUCACAGGCUGAAAGUGGUAACACUCUUUUACAACUGCCCAUUGCUGCUCAGGCAAAUGCUUCCUCAUUAGCCAAAGCAGAUUAUAGAUGGGCUGCGGAGGACUUUGGUUUAGCAUAAACAUUAAAAAAGGCUUUAAUGCUGAAUGGAAGGACAGUGCCAGGGUUCUCCAGAAAAAAUGACCGCUUCAAUGAGAUGAAGCAGUUACAGUGGUUCUUCCGAAGAGUUUUAUUUUGCUCUCUUUUAGGCAGAAGAAUUCCCCUUGCAGGCACUCUGAAAUCGGUGCCUAAAGCCCUGCUAUACAAGGUGGUGUUCUGUUAGCACAGUUAUGACUGAAAUGCUUGAGUACACGUAUUUAAAAAUUGCACGCACAUACUUUUGGUGCUGUAAUGUAUAUUCCUAUAAUACAUGACUGUGUACAGUGUGGAUAAACAUAUUUUCAAGUUCACUCUCUUUAUACCUCAAAAUUAACAAAACAUGUAGAUGAGGGUUAGAUUAUAUUUUGCUCUUAUUCAUUAUUUGUUUCUGUUCUUUUUCUUUUUUUUGUUUUUUUUAGCCACAUGCAAUACACAAAAUACAUAUCACACCUCAAGGUAAGUUUUUUUUUUUUUUUUUUUUUUUUUUUUUUUUUUUUUUUUUUUUUUUUUUUUUUUUUUUGUGAAUUUAUAAUGAAAAUUUUGUUUGUGAUAUUACAUUAUAGAACUGGGAAAGAUAAAUGUAUAUUGCAUUUUAUUGAAUGUUUUGCUGCCUAUUUUAGCUGUACUUACUAUUCAUUAGUGUUUUAUUUUUAAUUCAGAAAUAUUAAUAAAAUGUUUUAAAGGGUUAUUCCAACCACCAUGGCCACUUCAUGGAUUAUGUAUGUGCAGUAUUUCUCUUUAAAACAAUGCACAUCCAGAGUCAUUUCUAAUUGUGUGCUAGUUGUACCUCAGCACUUGGGACAUUGACUCGGGACAUUGGGAGAACUCUGUUCAUCCCUGGCAUGGAAAGCACACAUGUGCUCUGAGCUGGCAGUAGGUUCAAUCACAGGUUUCUCUAUGAGAAGCCUAUGAUGGACAGAGUGAGGCCUCUGUGACAUGAGGAUGGGGUAUAAAAUGCAGCAGCCUGAGCUUUGCCUGGCAGGGAAUUCCAGGUAACUAAAAACCUUUUCCAGGUUCAGUGUAAACCUUUAAUUAUGUAAAUUGCAUUACCUUUAUUUUUCAAAUACUUUCAUUGGUUUUAAGAGCUGGAUUUUUUUUCUGACAAUCUUACAACCAUGAGUCUUGAGCACGUUCUAGAGAUACUGCACAAAUUAAACCUCAUCAUAUUAGUUUCAGUUAUUAAUAGUCUUAGUGUUUUACAAGUUAGCUUGUAGAAUUCUUAGCAUGGCAAUUCUUAACUCCCCCCACUUUGAAUGGGUUAAAUAUGCAAUUGUUCAUUUAACGUAACUGUGUCCUUUGUCCAUGGUAUCUUAUAGUGAAUGUUGUCCUUUCUUAUUUAGUUCCUCAACUUCUAUAUUACUUUGCAAAAUUUACAUACUGUUUAAAGAGACUCCGUAAGCACCAUAGCCACUACAGUUAAUUUAAUGGGAAUUGUUAUGGGGCUAUGAGUCUAUAAAAGAUGUCCCUUGGUUUUCUGUUAAAGGGUUACUCCAAGGGAGGAGGGGGAGGGAGGGUGGAGGGGUCUAUGGAACUAGUAGUUGAAUAUUCUGCCAGUGCGACAGUAUACAGGCGGGGCCUGGCGGUGGCAUAUAUGAAGUAUAUCACCCAUUAAAGAUAAUAAAAAUACUAAAAUAACAGAUGUAGCCGUGGGGUUUAACACUAUAUAUUCAAGCUCAAGAGAGCGCAGGAGGAAAUAUGUAUCUACAAAAACAAACUAUAAAAAAAAGUUGUAGGCAAAACGUAAUAGAGAGUCAAGUCACUGGAGCACUGGUGGAGGUAACCCACUUUGGGCUGCCGGCACAAACUGUGUAAUCCUCUCCUGGUCCCAGGAGGUAGAUGUCGCUGGGGUUGGGGUAUUCUGCCCGGCGGGUUGCUCUGUCAGGCCAAGAUGUUGGAGGACAUCUGCGAUCUCUGAAGUGUCCCUAACCUUCAGUGGACCUGUUUCCCUUGGUUCAAUCAAAAUUCGGGGGGAGCCCCACUUGUACAGUACCUUGUUUGCGGCUAGUGACAGUGUCAGAGGUCUCAGGGACUGUCUACAUUCCAGCGUGGCCCUGGAUAAGUCUGGGAAAAGGGUAAGACUAUGGUCCUCGAACCGGAGGGGUGACUUAGUGUGGACUGCCGCCAUAAAGGCUGUGUGGUCCGUGCCCAGCUGAAAGCGAAGGAUUACCUCUCUGCUUGUUCUCUGUUCUCCUGUGGGAGAUCCGGCAACACGGUGCCAACCAUCAAGGGUGAUAGAUUUUGCUUGUUUAGCCUGAAACAGCACGGUGAGCAGUCUCCGGAAAAAGUGCGGGAACUCCACUGCUGUGAUGGUGUCAGGUAAGCCGCGUAAUUUAAUAUUUUUUCAGCGCCUUUUCUCUUUUAGAACAGCAAUGUGGGCCUGGUUUUGCUUUUGUGACCGCUGUAUGGCAGAGAGUUACUGCUCCAGAGCGGCAAUGUGAGUCUCGUGAGCUACCGUGCGUAGCUCCGUGUUAUGGAGUCGGGCUGAGAUUGAUUUCCUCAUGGAACUGGCCAAUGUCGGGGCGAUAUUGGGACGUAGUUCGUCCAAAAGGUUCUGCAGACUGUCUUCAGUCACCUGGGGUUGACUGGUUUUUGAGGUGGGUGAGGGGUUCUACCCUCCAGUCUCUCCACUUAGUCUGUUUCCCUUGGUAGGGAUUCCUCGCUGGACGUGCGUGAUAGUCCGUUCCGACAGAGGCGCCAUGACAGGUCUCUGCGAGGAUUAUGGCCUCUACAGCAGAUCGCCUAUGUCGGCUGUUGUCUGUGGGCGAUCCGGCUUAUAUUUCUUGCAGCAGCGUCCCAUGUCACAAGGUAAGUGUCUGCGGUAGGUAGUGCCGAUAAAGCUUGAUUUUCCUCAUAUUUUGUGGAAACUCUCUCGGAGCUCUGGCAACAUGCGACCAGGCAGCUUGGCUGAUAGCUCCGCCCCCAACAUCAGUUGUUUUAAGUGUUAAAGGAACACUAUAGGGUCAGGAACACAAACAUUUAUUCCUGACCCUAAAGUGUUAAAACCACCAUCUGGCCCCCUCAUGCCUCCCUAAAUAUAGCAAAAUCUUAUUUGUAUCCAAGUCUGCAGCUGUAGCUCUGCAUGCUGUUUGCCUCAGAAUAGCAACCUGUCUGCUGACACCAUCAGAAGUGGUGGCCUGAUCCAAUCACAAUGCUUCUCCACAGGAUUGGCUGAGACUGACAAGGAGGCAAAUCAGGGGCAGAGCCAGCACAAUUCAAACACAGCCCUGGCCAAUCAGCAUCUCCUCAUAGAGAUGAAUUGAAUCAAUGAAUCUGUAUGAGGAAAGUUCAGUGUCUGCAUGCAGAGGAAGGAGACACUGAAUGUUUGGAUGCAUUUUAGGCAGCCAUGACCCAGGAGGGAUCUCUAACAGACAUCUGAGGAGUGGCCAGGGAAGUUAUCAUUUCUCUGAAAAAGACAGUGUUUACAGCAAAAAGCCUGCAGGUAAUGAUUCUACUCACCAGAACAAAUUCAAUAAGCUGUAGUUGUUCUUGUGACUAUAGUGUCCCUUUAAACUCUUUCAGAUUGAUAAUUAUUGCUUCAGAUCUGAGGAAGAGACGAAACUUUCAAAAGCUUGUCUUUGAAAUAUUAUGUUAGUCCAAUAAAAAAGGUAUCAUUGCAUACUGCAAUACUCUGGUAUUUUGGCAUCUUGUCUACUGGACUAAUAUGGCCAAUCCAAUCAUCCCUCGAGCUUAGGUAGUGGAGGCAGGGGCAAACUCCAAGUAAGAUAUUAAGCCAUUCUAUAAUGGUUUGACUACUUACAGGAACCAGGGCACUCCUGGCACCAUAACCACUACAGCACGCUGUAGAUGUUAUGGAGCUAGAAGUAUUCCUUAAAGGGACACUAUAGUCACCAGAACAACUACAGCUUAUUGAAUUUGUCCUGGAAGAGCCUUAACGGCAAAACACGAUUCGGGACGUUACUUUUUUAUGGUGUUGGUUAAGAUGAUAAGGGGACAUGCCUUGACACCAUUAGAUUACACCACCCAUACAAGAUUUAUUUUAUCUUUUAUUUACUAUUUCUUUAUUCAUUAUUUUCAUUUUGUUUUAUGGUCUUGUUUUACGCACUGCAUUUAGUUAACUCAGAGAAGGGGAGGGGGUUACUAGCAUUUUUUUUAAGGGUUGCCCUUGAAGGCACAGUAGAGUAGGGAAGCUAGUCUUUCCAAUCUAACUUUCUCUCAUUUAUUACUACCUCGAUCUUUGGCAGGACUUUCAGUUUUGCUAUGUUAACCUCCCCAUCUGGGUUAUUAGACAAGCAACAUAUUAUUUAUUUAUUUAUAAAAUAUUUUACCAGGAAAGAUACAUUGAGAUUUCUCUCGUUUUCAAGUAUGUCCUGGGUCCACAAAUCAUUGCAUUGUUACAUUAGGUACAACAAAAUACAAAAACAAUAUUAAUACACAAUAUAUACAAAAUUUAACAUAGAACAGGCAGGAAAUAUAUAAUCAACCAUGACACGUGCAUUCUGUUUUGAGGUAUGUAGAGAGGGAUCUCUUAAAUGACUUUAGGCUUAGGGAAGAUUUUAAAUUGUGCGGGAGGUCGUUCCACAAUUGCGGUGCUCUGUAGGAGAAGGAGGAUCGGGCCGCUUUCUUUUUGUAUUGAGGUAGACUAAGUAAAGUGCUUGUACUGGAUCGGAGCUUAUAGAAAGUGGGAACAGCUGGGGAAAGCAUUUUGUUCAGGUAGGGUGGGAGUUUCCCAGAAAAGCUCUUAAAAACAAGGCUGGAAAGAUGAAGGGUGCGUCUGGAUUCCAGCAACAGCCAGUUUAGUUCCUUUAGCAUGUCACAAUGGUGGGUCCUGUAAUUACAUUGUAGCACAAAUCGGCAGAACGAGUUAUACAAUGUGUUGAGUUUAUUAAUGUGGGAUUGCGAUGCAGACGCAUAUACUACAUCCCCAUAAUCAAUGAUUGGCAUCAGCAUUUGCUGUACAAUCUUUUCCUUUACUGUAGGGCUUAGGCAGGCUUUGUUUCUGUACAGGGCACCUAAUUUUGGAUAAAGUUUAGAUGCAAGCUUUUCUAUGUGCAGGCCAAAAGAUAGAUUGGGGUCUAAUAUCAUACCCAAGUAUUUGAAAGAGUGGACUGCGGUCAGUGUGCCAUUUGAAUUUGUUUUGAUGGAUAGGUGGGGAUUGUGUAAUUUAGGUACUGUUCCAAAGAUCAUUGUGACAGUUUUGUCAGUGUUCAGGAAGAGUUUGUUUUUUGCGAUCCACUUUUCUACCUCUGUAAACUGGUCUUGGAGCAAAGCCUCAAGUUGCGGUAGAUUGGAUUUGCUCGCAUAGAUUACCGUGUCAUCUGCGUACAUGUGUACAUUUGAGGAUUGGCAGACAUUAGUCAGAUCAUUUAUAAAUAAUGUAAAUAGUAAGGGGCCGAGAAUGGAACCCUGGGGAACACCACACGUGACUGGGAGAGGGAGGGAGUCACUGUCAGAAAUGGACACAUAUUGCGAGCGAUCCGAUACAUACGAUCGAAACCAGUUUAAAGAAUGAUCACCAAUACCUGAGUUUUCGAGUUUGUGCAGUAGAAUGUCGUGGUCUACUGUGUCAAAGGCCUUAGCAACAUCAAGGAAAAUAGCUCCAGUUAGGGCUCCUUGUUCCAGGCCAGUUUGGAUGUCAUUGCAAACUUUUAGGAGGGCAGUUGUAGUGGAGUGAUUCUGGCGAAAGCCCGAUUGAUCAGGGGUCAGAUAGUUUAAUUGUUGGUAGUACUCACAAAGUUGCGUAUGGACACAUUUUUCUAAGAUUUUUGACAAUACCGGGAGCAAUGAUAUUGGGCGAUAGUUAGAAACCAAAGUAGUGUCACCACUUUUAUGGAUAGGCACUACUUUCGCAGUCUUCCAAAGUUUGGGUAUGUAUCCAGACACCAAGGAUUCGUUAAUUAGAGUUGAGACGGGUUUAGCAAUUGCCGGCGCACUGAGCUUCAACAGCAUUGCUGGGAUUUGAUCAGGUCCGGACUGGUUUUUCAUUUUUAGAUUAUUAAGAUGUUUUUUAAUGACACUAACAGGUACAGGUCUAAAAUUAAACUUAUCUAUAUUGGGCUUUUGCAAAUUUAGUGGGGCCUGAUCCACAUUUGUAGUUUCAGGAUGCUGAUCCAAUCACAGUGCUUCCCCAUAGGAUUGGCUGAGACUGACAAGGAGGCAGAUCAGGGGCAGAGCCAGCAUGAUUCAAACACAGCCCUGGCCAAUCAGCAUGUGUGACUUCUAGUGAAUUAUCACUGAUUUGACAGUGAGAUAGUAUUGGACUGAUAUUUAUUUAUUUUCUUUUUAGUUUUGUUUAUUUCUUCUUAUUCUAAUUAUUAUUUAAUUUACUAUUUACUUAUUCUGUGUAUUCUAUUUCUAUUUGCUUUAUGCACUUUUGGGGAAUUUAAUUCUCCUUAUACAGGCAGAAGUGAUAUUUAUUCUGCUGACAACUUUUAAAUAUGUGACUUAGUAUUUUUUCACCUAUUUCUUUUACUAUAGUUAUUAAAAGUUACGGUUUAAUUGGGUUACUCGCUUUUCAAAGGGGCUCACCUACUAAAUGGUUUACCCUUUUGUUGUUCUUUUCUCUACUGUGACUUGUUCUGGUGAGUAGAAUCAUUGCUUUCAGGCUUCUUGCUGUAAACACUAUAUUUUCAGAGAAAAUGCAGUGUUUACAUUACAGCCUAGUGAUAACUUCCCUGGCCACUCCUCAGAUGUCUGUUAGAGAUCCUUCCUGGGUUAUGGCUGCCUAAAAUGCAUCCAAACAUUCAGUGCCUCCACCCUCUGCAUGCAGACACUGAACUUUCCUCAUAGAGAUUCAUUGAUUCAAUUCAUCUCUAUGAGGAGAUGCUGAUUGGCCAGGGCUGUGUUUGAAUUGUGCUGGCUCUGCCCCUGAUUUGCCUCCUUGUCAGUCUCAGCCAAUCCUAUGGGGAAGCACUGUGAUUGGAUCAGGCUACCACUUCUGAUGAUGUCAGCAGACUGCUUGUUUUUUUUAGGCAAACAGCAUGCAGAGUUGCAGCUUUUGGCUUGAAUACAGUAAGAUUUUGCUAUAUUUAUGGAGGCAUGAGGCGCCCAGGGGGGCUAGAUGGUGGCUUUAACACUAUAGGGUCAGGAAUACAUGUUUGUGUUCCUGACGCUAUAGUGAUCCUUUAAAGUGGAGAAUGCAGACCUCUCUAAAACUAUGUCCAAGUGCCAAUAAAAAUGAUCAAUUGUGGGCAUAUAUAGACCCAUAAUUGCAUUCACAUAUACAGUAGAUAAAACAGUUUGCACGUGAUGUCUUUAGUGUUGUAUUGCUACCCUAGCUCUCGCAAAGUUUAUUCAUCCUUCCUCCUUUAUACAGUAAGUUGUGGAUUCAAUAUAAUACUGCUUCUGAAUGCCUGAUACAUAAUAUAUAUAUAUAUAUAUAUGCUUAAUGUAUAAUAUAAUGUACAUAUAUGGGUGAUUAAUAUGUAUGUGUAAUGUAUUAAAGGGACACUCCAGGCACCCAGACCACUUCUGCCCAUUGGAGUGGCCUGGGUGGCAAUUCCCACUACCCUUAACCCUGCAACUGUAAAUACUGCAGUUUUCAUAAACUGCAAUAUUUACCUUGCAGGGUUAACUCCUCCUCUAGUGGCUGUCUACUAGACCGGCAUUGCCGUGCAUGCGCAUUAAGUCUCCCUCGUCGCCGGCUGCGCAUUCGCAAUAUGUUUCCCCUGCCGGAUGACGUCAGCGUGGGAGGAGCAUGGGCGGACCCUGAACCAGCCCCGAGGGACAUCGGUGCUGGAUACAGGUGAGUCACUGAAGGGUUUUUAACCCCUUCAGCAACCUGGGAUGGGGGGGUGGGAGGGAGAGGGGACCUGCAGUGCCAGGAAAACGGUUUGUUUUCCUGACACUGGAGAGUCCCUUUAACUGUAUAUAUCACUUUAAUUUUCCCUUUUCAUGUCAUUCCCUUUGAUGUAAUUUGUUUUUGUUUCGUUUUUUUACCAUCUUCCUUUUCAUCAGUCUUUAUUUUCAGUUUAUUUUACUCUGGUCUUUCCUUUUCACCAAUCUCUCUAAAAUUGUAUUUUACAAACUCCCAUACACACUGCACUUUACUAAGGGAUAUGCAAACUCCUAGUACACACUGCACAUUACAGAGGGCUCUGUAAUAUCCCAAUACACACUUCACAUUACUGGGAGCUAUGUAUCCCCUCCUACACAUUGCACAUUCCAGUGGGCUCUGUAAUAUUCCAAUAUACACUGCACAUUACUAGGUGUUCUGUAAUAUCCCAAUACACACACAAGUCAUUAAUGUGGGCUCUAUAAUGACCCAGCUCAGCCUGCACCUUACUAAGGGUUAUGUAUAUCCCAGUACACACUGCACAUUACUGGAGGCUCUGUAAUAUUCCAAAUAAAACCUGGACAUUACUAGGGGCUCUGUAAUAUUCCAAGGACAGCCUGCACAUUACUAAGGGCUCUGUAAUAUUCCAAGGACAGCCUGCACAUUACUGGGCUCUGUAAUAUUCCAAAUACAGCCUGCACUUUACUGGGGCUCUAUAAUAUUCCAUGUACAGCCUGCACAUUACUGGGGCUUUGUGAUAUUCCAUGUACAGCCUGCACAUUACUGGGGCUCUGUGAUAUUCCAUGUACAGCCUGCACAUUACUGGGGCUCUGCAAUAUUGCAUGUACAGCCUGCACAUUACUGGGGCUCUGUGAUAUUCCAUGUACAGCCUGCACAUUACUGGGCUCUGUAAUAUUCCAAAUACAGCCUGCACUUUACUGGGGCUCUAUAAUAUUCCAUGUACAGCCUGCACAUUACUGGGGCUCUGUGAUAUUCCAUGUACAGCCUGCACAUUACUGGGGCUCUGUAAUAUUGCAUGUACAGCCUGCACAUUACUGGGGCUCUGUGAUAUUCCAUGUACAGCCUGCACAUUACUGGGCUCUGUAAUAUUCCAAAUACAGCCUGCACUUUACUGGGGCUCUAUAAUAUUCCAUGUACAGCCUGCACAUUACUGGGGCUCUGUGAUAUUCCAUGUACAGCCUGCACAUUACUGGGGCUCUGUAAUAUUCCAUGUACAGCCUGCACAUUACUGGGGCUCUGUAAUAUUCCAUGUACAGCCUGCGCAUUACUGGGGGUCAUUUAAUAUGCCAGCACACACUGCACAUUACUGAGGGCUUUGCAAUAUCCCAGUACACACCGCAUAUUAGUGGGGGCUCUGUCAUAUCCAAGUACACACUGCACAUUACUGAGGGCACUGUAAUGUAUCACUUGCGCAUAAUAACACUGAGACAAAUAUCCUCAACAUAUUUAAGUUAGUUUUGUAAGAUACGCAUGAAAACAAAUAAAGUAAAACUUAAACCCAGAGGACUAAUGUUAUUUUUUGCUUCCUCUGUGUUUUCAGGGAUUUUAACAAUGCCAAAUGUAUAUUUCAGCUGUGAAACAUUUCUACAUGAUGCAGGUAAAUUAUUGUUGGAUUUUAAAGGUUCACUUCUAUAAUUGGUGCUUUUCAUGUGAAAUGGGUUUACGACUUACUGCAGCUAAGUGUCAGCCAAAGGGUUACUGUAAUUUAUGUCACUAACUGCUUCAAACUACUUAUCACUAGCAAGAACAAAACCAUUAACCAAAAGAUCAGAAAAACACGGUUUUCCCAGCCUGUCGCACGGACACUCCAGCUGUGCGUAACAAAUUGACAAAUGCAAAAGAAUAGCUUCAUCACGUUUGUAAAUACAUGUCAUUAUUCUAUACCAGUGUCCUAGUUUUAAACUGAGCCCUAGCAGGUUAUUUCAUCCUCAAUAAAUCAAAGUAGAUCACACCUAAGCUUUAUACAUCAUUGAAUUCAAAUGAGCAACACUUUACUCCACUAAGUAGUGAUUUUAUUCCUGGUUCAUUUUAACCCUGUCAGCACUAAAACUACAUUAAGCGGAAAAAACAUACAUGUCACAGAAAGUGAUUUGGUUGUCAAAAAACAUUGAAGGAGAGGUCACAUUAUUGUAUUUCCUCGUAGUGUUUCAAGAAUUAUAAUGUGGUAUUUCCAUAUUGCCAUGCCCUUGGCAGUUAAAUUUCUUAAAAUAAUGUUCUGCUUGGAUGAUCCCAGAAUAAUUUUGACAACAGACAAGACCUACGUGACUCAAAGUUUUCAUAUUUAUGCAAUGCCAUUAAAACAUCAUCGUAUUAGAUCUUUGAUUUUGCUGCAAAUCUUGAUUGCUUUAGAAUUUUCACUCUGUUAGAGGUUCUACUACUUUCAUUUGAGAUAGCUCUUCCCCUUGCUAUAUUUAAUUUUGUUAAAAUGAAGUGAAUAAAAUGUGCAUAGAAUUGAAUGAGGGUUCUUCACUAAAUUGUGAAUUUUUUUGAAUUGACUAUUGAAUACCAAAUUUUAAUGCGAAAAUAGCCGAGCUAGAAACAUCAUUUUUUUUUUUUUUUAUUAUUAUUUUUUUAUACAGAUAACCUAUAUUGUCCUAAAAUUUAAAAUUAACUGAUUACUUCAUGGCCUUUUUGAACACCAAAUAAACAGUAUAUCAAAUACUAAACAUAUUGACAAAACAAAUAACCAGGAUUGUUUUUAUUCUUUUAUUAAUUAGGCUUUUUUUAGUACAAUUUUUUUUUUUUAUUCAAUUUUAUUUGCAUGUAGCAAUUUUACUUGACACUAAAAAGUAGAUAAGAUCAGAACCAUAUUCCAUUUUUCCUCAAGUUCUAGAAAUUUUUAAUAAACAUACCCCCACCUGCACAUAAUAGCAAUACCGUUACUUGAUAAAUAAAAGUACAGAAUAGAGUACAUGAUGUCCAUCUGAAACCCAUGCCUCUAAUGUCAAGUAUCACACUACCAUCUGAAUUCUUCCGGGCAUUAUUAUAGUAUGUAGCUGUUCAUUGAUAAAUUAAUUCUAUCACAAGAUUGUAUCACAGAUGGAAUUAUCAUAAAACAAAAUUGUAAUAAUAAUAUAAAAAGAAUAUAUUCUACGUGGUUAACUACAAAAUGAUUUAACCCAUGUUGGACUGUACACAGUAUAGCUCAUUACAGAAGUUUGCUUAAUGAAAUUCAUUCAUAUUUUAAUUUACUUUUACAUAUUUCUCUUAUUCUUAAUGCCAGGAAUUCAGCAGGAUUUAGAGAAUUUGAAAAUCUUUGUCCUGAUAUGUGGUCUUAGGAGAGUAAAAGAUCCGCUUUAUCUGGUAGAAGAAUUUGCAGGUGAGUAUAUUCUUAUAAUUCUUCUGAGCUAAGAAUGUCCUCUUUAGCACUUCGUCCAGUAUUUGCUUCUGUGUUCCUACGUUUAAUAUGUUUUCUUUGCAGAAUUGUAUAAAUAUUUAAUAAACUCUUUAAUAUCAAUAUUCAAACAUACCAUACUUUUUGUUUUAUUUAAUUUUGUGGCCGUUGAUGUGUAAUAGUCUCCUGAUAUUUGUACUGCGAUUUACAGUAUUCUCAAAGCAUUUACCCAGAUAAGUUGGACACACAGUAACAGAGUAUGUUGAGGGCCCUGCUCAAAUGAGCUUAUAUGCUAGAGGUGAUACAAAAGGUAUGGUAGGGGUGAUACAAAACAGUGCUUAGCUGUUUGUUUGUUUUUGGAUGACAGUUGCAGGAGAGGAAGCAAGGUGUGUGGAGGGAAAGCAAUUAAACUUUUAAUUGAUAUGCUUUCCUGAAGACGUGAGUGUUUGAUAUUUUUUUUUUUUUUGGAAGGAACGAAGACUGGGUAAAACUCUAAUGGAGCAAGGAAGGGAGUUCAAUAGGAAUGGUAUGGUACAGCCCUAGAGAAGUCUUGGAGUUGGGCAUCAGAUGUAAGAGUAUGAACAGAGGAUAGACACAGAGCGAUGGGACAUACUUGUGUGCUAGGGAGGGAUUUGUAAGCAAGUACCAGAAUUUUAAAUUGAGCCCUAUAUCUUAUGGGAAGUCAAUGUAGGGACUAACAGAGGGAGAGGCGUGGGAGGUGAAAGUGAACAGGAAGAUGAGCCUUGCCACUUGAAUGUAAUGAAGCAAGUUGCAAACACGUAAGACCAGUGAGAAGCAUAUUGAAAUAAUCAAGUCAAGAGAGAAUAGUGGCAUGGAACAGGAUCUUAGCCGAGUUCACCAUUGAAUAGAGGUAGAUGCGUGCUUUGUUUUUGAGAUGAAUGAGGCCAGAUUUGGCGUUUGACUGACCUUGAAGGGUAAAGGAGAGGUUGAAGUUAAAGAGAACACCUAAGUAGCAAGCCUGCAAGGUGAAGCUGAUAGUGGUGACAUUGACUUGGAGGGAGUAGUAACACUUGAGGGAGGAAAAACAACAAAAUCUAUUUUAGACAGGUUACGUUUAAGGAAGUAAUCAGCCAUUUAGUUAGAAAUAGCAGAGAGGCAGUCUGAGACAUGGAAUAAAGAGGGAUGGCAAGAGAUCAGGAGAGGACAGAUAGAUUUAAAUGUCAUCUGCAUAGGAAUUAUAUUGGAAGCCAAAGCUGAUAGGUAUACCAAGGAAGGCAUUGUAGAUUGAGAACAGUAGGGGACCAAGGACCGAACCUUGAGGAGAACCACAGAGAGGGGUCGCAGAGAAGAUGCAGACCCAGAGAAAGAAACAUUGAAAUAGCUCUGGUUGAAGUAGGAGGAGAACCAGGAGAGAGCAGUGUGCAACCAGGAAAGAGAUCUCUCUCUAUUCUCUCUCCUUUUAUUACCAAUACUUCCCCCAACCCCACUCCCUCCGCUGUUCUAUGCUCACUCACACCCACUAUGCGAGAAAAAGUCUGCUCUGCAAUUUCUCUUUGGUCUUCUCACCUUAUCACUGGUUCCCUCUGAUCUCAUUUGCACUCUGUCUCCUUCGCUUGCUCUGCCCCUCACAAACAUUGUUCAAUUCAUUCAAUCUUGUCUUCUCCUCUGGCAUAUUUCCUUCAUCCUUCAAGCAUGCAGUCGUACCUGAUUUCUUUAAAAAAAGAAAAAAAAAAGAAAAAGAAGACCAACCUUGACCCUAACUCUCCAUCCAACUUUCGCCCUCCUCACUACUAUUGUUUGCCUCCAAGAUCCUUGAAAAAGUUGCGUGCAGGGGAUUGACCAACUUACUUAAAUCCGACUCUCUGCUUGACCCACUUCAGUCUGGAUUCUGCGCUCGCCACUCUGUUGAAAUGGCUCUGACCAAAGUAUCCAAUGAUUUAUUUGCUUUCACAUGUAGCGGUCACUACUCUGUUCUAAUUCUUCUUGACCUUUCUGAUGCUUUUGAUCAUCAACAACUUAAAACGUGUAUUGUAAGAGGAAAGCUGUUUUUUGGGACAAGCAUCACAGCCCCAUGAGUUGUUAAACAUAAUACAAAGCAGGAGAAAAUCCUUGGGUUACUUCUUUUUAUCCUGCUUAGCACAGUGGGAGUGUCGUGAGCAAAUUUAAGCUUGGCAUUGUCUCAUGUGCAUAGGUGCACUUUUGAUGAAAAAUAACUUUAAAGAAACUAUUUAGAAGAUAUUUACACAACGUUUUGUUAAUGUACAUUUUUAAUCCUGGGAUUUCCUAGGUGUGUGUUUUGAGAUUUUAUGCUAACAUAAGUCUAGCAACUUAUUUUUUGGGGUGUUCUUUCACUUUUUAAAUAAUUUCUUUAACAAUAUUUGUUUUAAGCAAAUAGUAAUGCAAACGGUGUAAUCAUUGGUAGUGGAUUUAUUGGUGAUGGAAGUGUAAAAUACAUGAUUCAAAUUUAUACUAAUAAUCAUAUCUGCCAAGGGUUUAGUUGGUUUUCAAACUUUAUAGACACUUUUUUUUUAACCACUGCCAAAAAUAGCCAAUUUUAAGUGACCAUAAAUGUUUUUUGUUAUUUUAGCUGAUAAAAUAAUGUAACUUUCUUCCUUAUGGCAUCUUUCAGUAUUUUAUAUUAAAAUGUGGUCAUAUAAUAUGUUACCUAUAUCAUAUGCAGGUCAUUCUGUAUUAGUUAUUACAAGUUAUUACAUUUAACAUUUAGUUUCCAUAUUGCUGUAUAACAACGUUUUACAUAUGUUUUUUUUUACAAAUCCUGCCUAUUUGAAUUUCAGUAGAAGUUGUGUCCAGCUUUGUCCAGGUGAGAAUUUGGUGACUUCCUGAAUCAUCAGAUUCUGAUUUACUAGAUUUUAAGAAUUCUCCUAAUUGCAAAAGCUUUCAAUAGUAAAAUGAAUUACUUUCCAUAAACUAAUUUUUGUUCCUAGAGUAUAGCUCAACUAACACCUACCAUAAAAAAUACAAAAUUUCCAUCCUUUCUGGAAGACCACAAUUUAUUUCCUUAAGUAAACUUUCAACUAAAUAAAAAUAAAGACAACCAAAAUAUAAGGAAAAAAAAUAAUGAAUUUCUUUAAAAUCAAUAUUACAUUUAAAUUGUUUUUGCAUGUGGCUUAUUGACUUGCUAAUCAAAGCUUUGUUUUCUGACAUCUUGCUAUUUUCUGUUAAUCCUGCACAAUUUCUGAAGGGGUGGGGGUUAAAAUAUAAGCAUAAUAUAACUAAUCUAACAAUACAAAUCCACUCCUAUCUGCAUUCUUACUGUCUGUCACAUGGAUGAUUGCAAUUUAGGCAUCCAAAAGAUUAUUAUGUUGUCAUUGUUUAUUUAAAUUUUGUUUUCAAAUAUAAAAGUGUAUUUUUCUUAAUGCCCUGUUUAUGUGCUAUAUAAAUCCACAAGUAGAUAAAAACAAGGCAACUGAAAGCUAAGUUUGUUAGACCUCUAUUUAUCAAUAAUCUUAUGAUUUAUAUAAUUUGGCAAAUUUGAAUCCACACUUUACAAACUGGGUGUUUAUUAAAAAAUAUUAUUGCUAUUUACAAAUUCUACAUUUUUUUUAAAUAGAAGGUAGAAAAAGGCAACCAGCAACUUAGGCUGUGUUUUAUGUAUAAUUUUUACUUCUCUUUGCAAAAAUAAAAAAGCAUUUCAUUGUGUAUUGUAAGCAAGCUAAAUUCUAAAUUUACAGUAAACAACUGUCAAAAUUAACUGUUUUUUGGAUGUGCUUUUUAGUGAGCUUUAAUGGAACACUCUGGAUCCUAAAGCACUUUAGCUUGCUGAAAUGCUUUGUGUGAAGAAUGUGUUCGCCGUUUUUCAUUUUACAAAGAAAUACAGAACUCAAAAGCCACCCCCUGGCUUUCAAGUAGACACUCCCUGGCUUAGUUAGCUCAGUGGAGUUAAAGAACCACUAUAGGCACCCAGACCACUUCAGCUCAAUGAAGUGGUCUGGGUGCCAGGUCCAUCUACGGUUAACCUUGCCUGCUGUAAACAUAGCAGUUUCAGAGAAACUGCUAUGUUUACAAAUGGGUUAAUCCAGCCUCUAGUGGCUGUCUCAUUGACAGCCGCUAGAGGCGCUUCCGCGCUUCUCACUGUGAUUUUCACAGUGAGAAGACGGCAGCGUCCAUAGGAAAGCAUUGACUGGCUGAAUGCGCGCGCUGGAAAAAAGGUAAGGGAUUAACCCCUUCCUCCCCCUAGAGCCCGGCGGGAGGGGGGCCAUGAGGGUGAGGGGGACCCAAGGACCCUAUAGAGCCAGGAAAACAAUUAUUUGUUUUCCUGGCACUAUAAUGGUCCUUUAACCCCUUAAGGACACAUGACAUGUGUGACAUGUCAUGAUUCCCUUUUAUUCCAGAAGUUUGGUCCUUAAGGGUUUAAGAGCGUUGCUCAGAGCACUUGCCUCGCAAAGACUUCUCAUUGAGCUGCAUUGGGAUUCCAGAAGGAUAUUGAUACUUUGGAGAGAGUUCAGAGAAGGGUAACAAACCCUGGUUCAUGGACUGCAGGGUAAAACUUACCAGGAAAGUAGAAGAAUUGAUCAUAUUAAAUGGGUUUCUAAGCCUUCUAUAAGUUGAGGUUGUCAUCACUCACCCUGAGUACUUUACUGUAUUGUUAUUAUUACAAUGCUGCUUUAAAGGACCACUCUAGGCACCCAGACCACUUCAGCUUAAUGAAGUGGUCUGGGUGCCAGGUCCCUCUAGGAUUAACCCUUUUUUUUUUUAUAAACCUAGCAGUUUCAGAGAAACCGCUAUGUUUAUAAAUGGGUUAAUCCAGCCUCUAAAGCCUCUAGUGGCUGUCCCAUUGACAGCCUCUAGAGGCGUUUGCGUGCUUCUCACUGUGAAAAUCACAGUGAGAAGACGCCAGCGUCCAUAGGAAAGCAUUAUGAAUGCUUUCCUAUGAGACUGGCUGAAUGCGCGCACAGCUCCUGCCGCGCAUGCGCAUUCAGCCGAAGAGGAGGAUCGGAGGCGGAGAGGAGGAGGAGGAGGAGAGCUCCCCCCCCCGGCAUUGGAAAAAAGGUAAGUUUAACCCCUUUCCUUGCCAUCCAGCCCGGCGGGAGUGGGACUCUGAGGGUUGGGGCACCCUCAGGGCACUAUAGUGCCAGGAAAACGAGUAUGUUUUCCUGGCACUAUAGUGGUCCUUUAAUUUGAGUGAUUUGUUAUAUAAUUAAUUUAUAUAUUUACAUAGUUACGUAGCUGAAAUGAGACGUGUCUAUCAAGUUCAGCCACUCUCACAUUUGAUUUUUGGACCUUUGUGAUUUAACUGUCAGGAUGAGGAAAGGAUUCUUAAACACAAUGUGUCUUAAAAAAAACCACAAAAAAAAACCAAUUGGUUAAAAUUAUCAACUUUGGUAUAAUGACUACAAGCACUUAUGAAAGUACUUAGUUUCUGAUCAUUGUUACAAGUCUGCUAAAUGGUGGAGGGAGUUAAAUGGUGACAACAGUCAGUUUUAUUGUAACAUGCAUUGAUAACACUAAGUUCCCAAAAGCCCUUAACAUUUUAUUUUGUAAAAUGUCUGUGGAUGCAGAUGUAACUCCACAUUUGUAAGUGUCACUGCUCAUGUGAGUAAAUAUGCCUGGAGACUCCAUAAAACCACUGCUCUGGGGAUGUACAAAUUUAAAUAUAGGUGCUUAGUAAAUCCCAGAGCUCCAAUUAAUUUAAGCAUGAUACAUUUAGGCGCAUUGUAGUAUUAGCAGUAAAUAGAGCAGGCACUCUGCCAGUCAUUGUUUUUCUUCUGCCUACAUAUCAUUUAGUCUCAUUGUUUAAAACAAGUCUAAUUUGCAUUUCAUUCCAGAAUGGCAUGAAAGGAAUCCCAAUGUUUGCUUGUUGAUUAUUGGACCAACGGUGAGUAAGAUUUUAUUGGAAAAAAAUAUAUAUUGUUCUUUAAUAUGUGUUCUUAUACUGGAUGGAGAGUAUAAACAAAUAUGUUGGGUAGUACACCUGUAGUGAUGGCUAAAGUAUUUAAGUAUUUUUUAUUUAUUUAUUUUUUUAUUCUUUAUUCGUAAAGAUUUUGUUUGGGGGGAAUACAGAAGAGAAACUUUGGGGUGGGGUCAAAGGUAGUGAUAUCAGGUUUACAAAGCAUAAAUCAUACAUAGGUUUUUAUGAUAUUCAUACGUUUCAGUCCAUCGUUGCUUUCAGGUUGUUGGUGUGUAGGGUCAGAGGUGGGGGGGGGGGUCGUCAUUUGCGAACCGUUGUUGGUUGUAGUGAGCCUUUGUGGUGUUAGGGCAAAACCUCUGUGUGCUUGGUCUUAGUUGGAGUUACCCCUGGCGGUUUGUUCUUUGCAUGAGGGCUGGGGUACCUCCCCAGAUUGUGUGUGUUUUCACAGUGGGUGGUCUUGAUGUGCGAUGUGAAUUGUUGAAUAAGGUAUGUCUUUAGGGUAGGUCUUCCUUCGGUGUUCUGGUUUUGCCUCGUGGUUUGGUGUCAUGUGUGCCCGUUUUGUAGUCAGUUAGUGUGUGUAUGGUGGGUUUGUGUGUGUGUGUAAUAUGUUGGGUCAUUCUUAUCUGUUGGUGUUCGUCUAUGAGUGUUCGGUGGGCUCCCUGCCAUGGUCUGGUCGGCACGGGUUUGAGUAUGUGCAUUGUGGUUAUGGGGGGUUUUGGGUGUGGAUCCUGAGUGUGGGGGGGUAAGGGGGAGUAUCAGAUGGGGGUCAGGUAUUGAGAGAGGUAGUGUGUGGGGGGGUUCCACUGGGCGGUCGCCACUUCCACAAAAUCUGGGAUCCCUGGAUCACAAGGCACCUACGCGUGGUGGGGGCGGGCGGGCGACCGCCCAGUGGAACCCCCCCACGCGUAGGUGCCUUGUGAUCCAGUUAUCCCAGAUUUUGUGGAAGUGUUUUGUUGUUUCGUGUAGGCUGGCUGAGAGUUUGUCCAUUUUCAUGGUUUCUGUGGUUUUCUGGAUCAUUAUCUCUAGUGUGUGUGUGUGGUUUGGUUGCCCCAUUGUUCUGCUAUUGUGCAUCUAGUGGCUAGUGCUAGUUUCGCCACCAGUUUGUUUUGUGCCCUCGCUAGUGUGGGAUGGGGCUUAGAUAGGAGCCAUAUCCAUGGGUCCAGGGGUAUAUCUUCGUGUAGUAUUCUAGAAGUGAGGUUAGCGACCUUGGUCCAGAGUUGAGAGCUAUGUGGAUGUAGGUACCUUGCUGUCCGCAUCCUUUCCAGCAGGUGUCUGUGGUAGCUAUCUUCAUUUGUUUUAGUCUCAAAGGUGUCAAGUACCAUCUGUUCAUUGUUUUAUAUGCCUGUUCUUUGUGGUUUGUGCAUAUUGUGAGGGAGGCUGUAGCUUUCCAGAUGUCUAACCAGUCCUAGGGGUCCUCUAAGGGGCCUAUGUCUCUUUCCCAUGCUCUUGUGUAGGUGAGUGCAUUUGUUGGGGAGUUGGAGGUCAGGUGGGAGUAGCUUGUCGAGAUCUGUCCCUUGUGAAUGGGGGAUUGUAGGCAGAUUUUUUCAAAAUGGGUGAGUUUUUUGUUGGCUGUCUCUAUGUUUUGCGCUUCAUUCAGGAAGCUGCGAAGUUGUAGAUAGCGGAAUUGAUCGAAGGUGUUUAGUGGUACUUUGCGUGGGAGUUCUAGGAACGGUAUUAGUUUCUGGUUGUGGAAGAAGUUAAUGUAUUUUAUCAGUCCAUUAUCCUCGUAUCGUGAGAAAUCUUGGGGUGACAUGCCGGGGGGGAAGCGUUUGUUUCUCAGGAUUGGCGUGAGCGGUGAGGGAGAGUUUAUUAUGGGGUGUCGUGUUGUGGUUGUGUGGCUAAAGUAUUUUUACUGCACAAAUAAACAGAUCUGUUCACCACUGCAGCCCAACCCAUGACUUACUUGCAGGAGUAAAUGUUGAAAUUUUUUGGGAGACAUUUGUUCUCAGGCAAAAAUAGUGGAAUGCAUUUACUUAAAGGACCACUAUAGUGCCAGGAAAACAUACUGGGCUGGGGGAGGAGGUGCUGGGCGGAGAGCUCUCUGCCUCCGAUCCUCCUCCGUUCCGCCCCGUCAGCUGAAUGCGCACACGCGGCAAGAGCUGCGUGCGCAUUCAGCCGGUCUCAUAGGAAAGCAUUCAUAAUGCUUUCCUAUGGACGCUGGCGUGCUCUCACUGUGAUUUUCACAGUGAGAAGCACGCAAGCACCUCUAGCGGCUGUCAAUGAGACAGCCACUAGAGGAUUUGGGGUUUCUCUGAAACUGCUAUGUUUAUAAAACAAUGGGUUAACCCUAGCUGGACCUGGCACCCAGACCACUUCAUUAAGCUGAAGUGGUCUGGGUGCCUAGAGUGGUCCUUUAAGCACAUUAAUGGUCAGUUUAAAAAAAAAUAAAACAUCUUUUUUUGUUGUGCAUAAGUGGUACAAUUCAGCCAGUACCACCACAACACCGGUAAUUGUGACUACCAAAUUUACAUAGCAAAAACUGUUGUAUGGCAUUUCUAGAAACUGCACAAUUUUAGGUAUUAAAAUAACAAACUAAUCUCAAGUUAGGUGAGACAGGUAAAAAUUUAAACAAGAGACUCAACAUGUCAUGGAUGCUGCUAGUUUUGGAAGAUAGAUUUUAAAGUUACAUGUUUAAUAUCAAGUAGGGUUGAAACUAGAACUUGUAUAUAUAAUUACGUUGGGAAUGGGCUAUGCAUUCAGAGCAACCUUGACCACUAAAAAAUUAAGCCACUAGAGGACAAGUAAACGAGUUAUAGGGUUUAGUUUUUGAGACUUGUUGUGACCUGUGGACCUAGUGUAUGCUUUAAGCGGAUAUGUCUCAUAAAAAAAUGAGAAAAUAAGGAAAAAGUUAUCCCCUGAGCACCGAGGGGAUGGGGUUCUGACUAUGCAGUGGAACUAUGUAGGUUAUACAAAUAUCAGUGGAACAAAAUACAAUGAUACCAGGAUACUGGAAUACAUCAAUCAGGAACAUAAUGGGACAGUAGUCUUCACAAUGUAAAGGUUCCUCUCAAGUAAGAGGUGUUUGGACAGUCUCUGCCUGUGUCCGUUGCAGAACAGGGCACGAAGCAGACAAAAUUUGUAACGUCCCACGAACAUCCAGCGAUGUGAUCGGGACUAGUAGGCCGAGCGAGCCCCAGACUUUUCAGGAAGUAGCUGGAGUCUUCGGGCGAGGUAAGUUGGAGGGUGGUGUCUUGUCUCCCUUGGUGGCUAAGAGGAUGUGGGAUGGCCCCCACCUGUACCUGAUGCCGGCUUGUCAAAGGGUCAAUGUUACCCAAUGAACUGAGUGCCUCCAGUCUAGUGUGGCUUUACAUAAGUCCUGCAGGAUAGCUAAUUGCAUCUCCUCAAAUUUGAAGGGGCUCUUAUCUUUAAGUGCUUCCACAACCAGCAUUUUAUAGGUUGUAUGAGAUGCAGGAUAGUUGAGAGUAGGCGCUGGAGGAAGUGUGGGAGCUCUCUGUCUCAGUCAUCUAUUGAUCCAGCUAUCAGGAGGUUUAUUAUGUCUCCCUUAGUAGCUGGAACCCCCAUGUCACCCAAGGACACAGUGGCAAACAGAUUCCCGACUUCAGGUAGGUUGGGGCAUCAAGAGGUUCCUCCUCCGAGGAUUAGUUGUGGAAGUCUGGUAUGACUGCCAUCUUAGGAGUAGAUCCCCAAUCCUCCUGUUACUGUCUCCCAGGUAGAUUUUUAGUUUCUUUGACCUCUUCCCCAUAGUGUAACACGGGUCAAGCAUGAUCGCGUGCAGCGGACAGAAGAAGGUCACCGGCAGAGGAGAGAGACCAAGAAGGAACAUAUGUAUGAAUCAGUGAAGAAAUGUAACAGGGGCUAGAGUUGUUUAAAACUUUAUAGGUAAGGGUUAGUAUUUUGAAUUGACACCUAUAGGAUACAGGAAGCCGGUGUAAGGAUCGACAGAGGGGCGAGGUAUGGGGGAGCGACAGGUAAGAAAGAUCAGGUUGGCAGCAGCAUUCAUUACAGAUUGUAGCGGGGCAGUUCGGCUUCUGGAGGUGACCAACGAGGAGAGAAUUACAGUAAUCUAUCUAUAGAUUACCAGAGCAUGAACAAGCUCCUUGGCAGCAUCUUGUGUGAGAAAGGGGCGGGAGAAAGUGAAAAAUAGAAGGGAGAACAUUAUUAAGAGAAUAGAUGCUGUGCUAUUUUGAUAUGGAGAGCUGCUAAAAUGGCAGUUAGGAAGGAGGUGAGUAUUUUGAAAACUGUAAGAAGAUUUUCAGUAAUUAUAAAACAAAAGAUGAGGUUACAAUAAAAUUUACAUUUCAUCAACUGGUUCACCUUAAAUGGACACCCCAGGCCCCUAAAACACUUUGCUGAAAAGCUUUAUGUGUGAAGAGUGUGUACUAUGUUAAUUUUUUUAAAUAAGUGCCAAUUAAAUAUUAAUACUUUUAUAAAUUAACCUAUUUACACCACCCCAGGCAGUCGAUAAGACAACUGGUCCGUUUACUCCCUGGUCUGGUAAACUCAAUGCAGCUAAAUUUAAGCGGAAGCAACUGCCAAGAGCACUUGUCUUGCAAAGACUUCUCAUUGAGCUGCAAUGGGGAGUCUAUGAUUGGACAGUCAUAGAAAAUCUGGGCGGGGUUAGAAGGGAAGGGCUUGUAAAGCUGCAGACAAGAGAACUGCAGGUUUUGCAAGCUGGUUUUUAGAUAUAGCUCCAAUAAAAAUGCAUAAUUACAUUUGUGCAAGUUUUCAUUUGGGGUAUAUCUACUAAACAGAGAUUUGUAUUUAUUUGUAUUUAAGCAGUAAAGUGUCCCUUUAAAGAGUUACUCCAAGCACCAUGACCACUUGAUUUGAAGUGAUCAUGGUGUGUGGAGUCUAUAUCUGCAGCAUUUUGCUUUGAAAUGCAGCACAUGCAAAGGUAUAAAUUCACCACCAUCAGCCAGACCGGGACCAAAGUUUCAACCAUGGCUAAUGUCAAUUCUGUGCAACUUUUUUGCAAAGAGUUGCAUUCAUUGGCUGAGAGCGGUUAGCCAGUGAAUGGCGACGGCCACUGCUUUCAAUUUCUGCAACUCUGUAGAAGGUGGAAACAUGUCACUGGAUGACCAAGGAUCAUUGGAGCCUGCUAGGGACCCAGGUAAGGGGGCAAACAAAAAUUGCUGUGGUUGUUAUGAUGUUUGGAAUAACCCUUUAAAGAGACACUAUAGGCACCCAGACCACUUCAGCUUAUUGAAGUGAUCUGGGUACAUUGUGCCAGUAACCCUGAGUUCUGCAAUGUAAAUUAUUGCAGUUGUUCAGACAGCCACUAGAUACACUUCCUGCUUGCUAGGUGACGCAUGGUCGCCUAACUGGCUCUGGAGGUCCUCAUGCUCUGCAUAAGGACAAACCAUGCCGUUCAAUCCCCAUAGGAAAGCAUAACAGCAACGCUUCCCUGGGGAUGGCCUAAUGCGCUUUUGGUGCUCGCCGCACGUGUGUAUUAGCCCCCACCCCGCCGUUUGAUUUUGGAGGAGGUGGAGUGCCGACCCGGUGCCAAGGGAGAUCGGCACUGGAAUUGGGAGAUAUUAACCCUUUCAGAUAUGGGGGACGGGCUAGAGGGAACUAUAGUGUAAAGAAUACAGUUUUUUAUUCCUUACACUAUAGAAACCCUUUAAUGGCUGCAUGUGUUCAAGCAGGGCUGUAUUUGCAGCGAGGCAAACAAGGCAUUUGCCUAGGGCGGCACUUUAUGGGGCACAUACAAUAGGCGGGCGGCGAGGGUCGCGCAGUCCUCUGAGCUCUUCCUGCUCCCUCACGCGCCCUUCUUUGGUGCCGGGAGCCGGAAUAUGACGUCACUCCUACCCUGGCAGAUCACGAGGGAGCAGUACUCAGUUCCCUCAAUUGAGCACCUGCCCAUCCGCCCAAACAAGGAGCCCGCCCAGCUGCAGUCAGGGACAGGAUCCACUCCAGCUCUCCCAAAGGUAGGGAGGCUGGGUGGAUUUAAUUAAUAAAACAUUUUUAAAAAAUGAGUGAGUGAGUGUAUGAGAAAAUGUGUGUGUAGCUCUCAGUGUCUGUGUGUGAAUGUGUGUGUCUGUCAGAGUGUGUCAAAUCAGUGAGGAUCUUUGUGUCAGUGAGUGUAUGUCAGUGUUUGUCUAUCUGAUAGUGUGUGCAUGUCAGUUAGUGGGUGUGUCAGUUUGUGUCUGUCAGUGAAAGUCUGGGUUGCUUAAACAGUGUGUGUGCCAAUGACUGUGUGUGCCAAUGACUUUGUAUCUGUUGGUGAGUGUAUGUCAGUGCAUGUGUCAAUGAGAGCAUGCAUCUGUCAGUCAAAAAAGUGGCUUUGAUACAAAGUGGUGGGGCAAAUUUUGAUUAGGGGGGUACUUAAAUUUAGUCAGGACUAGGGCAGCACAAAUCCAGAAUACACCACUAUAUACAAGUAAAUCAUGCUCAUUUCUAUUUGAAGUCACUGCAAAUACCAAAUAGUAAGCACACAUAUACUAUUACUGUUGACUCUGACUAAACAAAAGUUUUUUUUUGGAGAGAUUGGGAGGAGAUAAAACAAAUUAUUUUCUUCCAUGUUUAUAUGUAUAGAAGGAUGUAAAACAGUCUUAAAACCCUCUUCAUUGUGCUCUCCAGUAAAUAUAGAGCAUGGAAUAUCACGUAAGGAUUAUGAUGUACUAUUACAAGCCAUCCUGCAAUUUAUUUUGUCUUUGUUUUGUUAUGCUUCUCUGCUUUUGGUUACAUUUUUCUUUAAACAAAGAAUUUACAAGAAAGAUUUAAAUAUGAUUUUCCUGUCUGGUCAUUUCAGUAUGCCAAGUCAAAUUUCUCAACAUAUGUUUUCAUUAUGAAAUAUAGAAUAUCCAAUUUUCUCUUUGCAUUUCUUUCCACGCCACUACACAAAAAGAUUUAAAAGUGAAGUGGCGUGGAAGAUAAAUGGAAGAAGGUACAGUAGUUUUACUGCUUUGGAUCAGUAUAAUACGCUUACUGACUAAAUAAUCAUUCUAGGGAUUUGCUUUGUCUGUUGGAAUUUUUCCUUGUAUGUUUAAAUAAAGUGUAUUUCUACAAAUGCUUGUUAUAUAUGACACUUUUGUUCCAAUGUACCUUAUCUUGUUCUUUAUCUAAAAAGAGACACUAAAAGUGAGAUUGUAACCUUGGAUAUAGUACCAUCAAUUUAAGCAAAUAUGCCAUUUUGUUUAUAUAAUGAUUUGAGGUAUUCAGUGGUAGCCAAAAAUAGAUCCCUAACUGUUGAAAUACUACAACUCAUUCAAUGUUUUGUUGGCAUUAAGACCGACAGAGCAUCAUGACAGUUUUAAUUCUACAACUGUUCUAUUCGUGUAGUUUAGAUCAAUUAUAGCUGACCUGCACUGCAUCGUAACUGCACUAUCUGUUACGCAAAGACAGUCAAUUAGAAGUAAUUGAUAGGUAUAAACUGAUCAGCCUCAAAAUUAAAACCACUUGCCUAUUAUCAUGUCUUUCCCUCUCGUGCUGUCCAAAACAGCUGAUGUGUCUUAGAAUGGACUCCACAAGACCUCUGAACAUGUCAUGUGGUAUUUGGUACCAAGACAUGAGCAACAGAUCAAUUAAGUUCUGCAUGUUGCAAGGUUCCAUUAUCUGAUAACCAAGAUUUUCCUUUUGGUUACUGUGGUAUUUGAGGCUCUUGUUCCCAAAACAUAUCCCCAUUGUUCCAUAUCUACCAAGCAUCACUCAUAUUUAAUAAAAUACCAAAAUUUUCCCUCUUCAGAAAGCUAGUGGGUAACAACAGUUUUACCCCUUUGGCUCCUUAUCGAUACACCCAACUACUCAAUUUUGUGCACUCUCUCUCCACAUCAGUCUCACUAUUAUUGGAACCCUAAAGGACCACUCCACACCCAUAAAGUACAUUAGCUUGUUGGUGUAUCUGAUUGGCCUUGAAGAGACUAAAGGUCUCUUCCGGGGAACAAGGGAUGGGUUUGCAUCAUCAUAAGAACUGCAGCUUUUCAAAGGUCAUUUAAGAAAUGCAUCCAAUGAAUACGUGAGCCAAUCUAAUUAGAGCAUCUGUUCAUAUCUCUCUAUAUUUACUACACACAAGUCGCUUAAUUCUAUAUUCUCAUUCACCACUGUCCAUGUUCUCGGGUUUUCUUAUACACAUAUUUAGAUUUUGCAUGUAUUCAAUCCAACAUAUUUCAUGCUUGGUAAUACCACUGAUGUUUUUCAAUAAAAAGAUUGUACACAAGAACUGGGAAAUCAAAACAAUUAAAUGGGUUUGCCAUAUGCUUUUGCUUUGGAUGGAUGCCAAUAUUUAUUUUAUUAGCUUUUGUGGGCAGAUAAAUCUCUACUGGAUUGUGUCAAGUGAAUUCUGAUUUAUAUUAUUAUUAUGAUUCCUUAUAAUUCUUUAAAAACAACAUAUCCUGUAUAUUUUCAGGUUGAUCCAGUGUUUACACAAGAGGUGAAAAAGAAACUAGAACAGUAAGUGAUUGAUAGCACCAUUUUUUCUUCCAAAUACAGAUUUUCAUUUGAAGAAUUCAGAAGGAAUAUAGGGGAAAUGGAGGAGGAGAAUGGGAGAGUUGGGCUUAGAAGAAAAGCUGUGAAUUGGGCUAGACCUGGAGUCGUCGUGAGAUAUGUGAGAGGGCCUCCUAAACAGCCCCAUAUUUUCUGAAAAGCAUUGAAUGAUCAAUAUUUUUUUCUUUUUGAAAUGCUAUGGUUUUGUAAUUUUAAAGGAGCACUAUAGGGUCAGGAACACAUACAUGUAUUCUUGACCCUAUAGGGUUUACACCACCAUCUAGCCACCCUAGGCCCCUCAUGCCUCCCUAAAAAUAUUAAGUCUGGAGCUGCAGGCUUUGUCCCUGUUUCCUGUAGACCUGCCCACUGCCUGCUGACAUCAUCAGACGUGGUGGACUGAUCCAAUCACAAUGCUUCCCCAUAGGAUUGUCUGAGACUGACAAAGAGGCAGAUCAGGGGCAGAGCCAGCACAAUUCAAACACAGCCCUGGCCAAUCAGCAUCUCCUCAUAGAGAUGAAUUGAAUUAAUGACUGCAUGCAGAGGGUGGAGACACUGAAUGUUUGGAUGCAUUUUAGGCAGCCAUGACCCAGGAAGGAUCUCUUACAGCCAUCUGAGGAGUGGCCAGUGAAGUUAUCACUAGGCUGUAAUGUAAACACUGCAUUUUCUCUGAAAAGACAGUGUUUACAGCAAAAAGCACGAAGGUAAUGAUGCUACUCACCAGAACAAAUUCAAUAAGCUGUAGUUGUUAUGGUGACUAUAGUGUCCCUUUAAAUUGUAAUGAGUGUGAUUUUUCUUUUUUCCCCCCUUCCUUUUUUUCUGUCUUUCAUACCAUUUCCCUCAUUACUGUAAAUCUAAUAAUAUUUGCACAUUUAUGUUAUCACUGUCAGGGGAGACAGCCAUUUUUUACUAUAACAAUGUUUGUUCUAUCAGACUUGUUUUGUAAAGUCAUAAAUGAGCAUGUGUCUCAUAAAGAGCCACUGAACCUUUUUAACUUUGAAUUCUUCAAUAGAAGUCAAUAUUAAAAACAAAAUGAACCCUGAAUGAAGAUACAGAAUCUCAAUUCCAGCUACUGCUGGCAGAUGAACUUAAACUUUAAUUUGCUCUGUAGGUAUGAGUGUGUGAAUAGGUGUCUGUGACUGUGAAUGUGUGUCUAUUUAAAAACAAUAACUAUUAAGAAAUAUAUGAAUUUACCUUAAAGGAGCAAUAUACAGUUGCAAGAAAAAGUAUGUGAACCCUUUGGAAUGAUUUGGAUUUCUGCAAAAAUUGGUCAUAAAAUGUGAUCUGAUCAUCAUCUAAGUCACAACAAUAGACAAUCACAGUUUGCUUAAACUAAUAACACACAAAGAAUGAAAUGUUGCCAUGUUUUUAUUGAACACACCAUGUAAACAUUCACAGUGCAGGUGGAAAAAGUAUGUGAACCCUAGACUAAUGACAUCUCCAAGAGCUAAUUGGAGUGAGAUGUCAGCCAACUGGAGUCCAAUCAAUGAGAUGAGAUUGGAGGUGUUGGUUACAGCUGCCCUGCCCUAUAAAAACACACACCAGUUCUGGGUUUGCUUUUCACAAGAAGCAUUGCCUGAUGUGAAUGAUGCCUUGCACAAAAGAGCUCUCAGAAGACCUACGAUUAAGAAUUGUUGACUUGCAUAAAGCUGGAAAGGGUUAUAAAAGUAUCUCCAAAAGCCUUGCUGUUCAUCAGUCCACAGUAAGACAAAUUGUUUAUAAAUGGAGAAAGUUCAGCACUGCUGCUACUCUCUCUAGGAGUGGCUGUCCUGUAAAGAUGACUGCAAGAGCACAGCGCAGACUGCUCAAUGAGGUGAAGAAGAAUCCUAGAGUGUCAGCUAAAGACUUACAAAAGUCACUGGCAAAUGCUAACAUCCCUGUUAGUGAAUCUACAAUACGUAAAACACUAAACAAGAAUGGAUUUCAUGGGAGGAUACCACAGAGGAAGCCACUGCUGUCCAAACAAAACAUUGCUGCACGUUUACAGUUUGCACAAGAGCACCUGGAUGUUCCACAGCAGUACUGGCAAAAUAUUCUGUGGACAUAUGAAACCAAAGUUGAGUUGUUUGGAAGGACAAUGACCCAAAGCAUAGAAGUAAAUCAACAACAGCAUGGCUUAAACAGAAGAAAAUAUGCCUUCUGAAGUGGCCCAGUCAGAAUCCUGACCUCAACCCGAUUGAGAUGCUGUGGCAUGUCCUCAAGAAAACGAUUCACACCAGACAUCCCAAGAAUAUUGCUGAACUGAAACAGUUCUGUAAAGAGGAAUGGUCAAUAAUUACUCCUGACCGUUGUGCACAUCUGAUCUGCAACUACAGGAAACGUUUGGUUGAAGUUAUUGCUCCCAAAGGAGGUUCAACCAGUUAUUAAAUCCAAGGGUUCACAUACUUUUUCCACCUGCACUGUGAAUGUUUACAAUGUGUGUUCAAUAAAAACAUGGCAACAUUUCAUUCUUUGUGUGUUAUUAGUUUAAGCAGACUGUGAUUGUCUUUUGUUGUGACUUAGAUGAUGAUCAGAUCCCAUUUUAUGACCAAUUUGUGCAGAAAUCCAUAUCAUUCCAAAGGUUCACAUACUUUUUCUUGCAACUGUAAGCCACAUAAACACUACAGCUCAUUGUAGUGUUUUUUUGUGCUAGAAGACUGCAGUUGCCACCCCCUGGUUAUGGGUCAGUCUUGGGGUUGGCAGGGCAUCCACAGCACCAACAAGUCACUUUUCUCUCCACAUUGUCAGGGCCGUCUUUAAUAUUGACUGGACCCUGGGCAAAGCAUUUGCUUGGGCCCCCUGGACCCUGUUCCCCUCCCCAGGCGUCCAAUAACGUCCUCCACCCCAACGCAGUGGCGGACCUAAAGUAGAGAGGUGCAAGAAUUUGUUUUGGGUCUCCCUAUCGCACGGGUGAUUAAAAGGUAGAUCCCUAUAUGUCGUGCAACUCCAGAAGUGCAUUAGCAGCUGGGGCUUUACCAUUUACCCAUGGUUUGCAGGUUUGUAUUUAGCACUAAGUAGUUUUUGUGUGUUUGAAUGUAAACAGGUUUUUGUAUGGAAUAUGUUUGUAUGUGGUGUUGACGUGACUGCAAGCAUGUAUUUAUGUGAAGUGUUAGUUUUUGAAUGCAGGGGUGUAUUUACAUAUAAUUUUGGUAUGUAAUACAGACGUGUGUUUUUACAUAGUAUUGAAGUUUGAAUGCAGGGAUGUAUUUGAUUGUAGUGUUAGUGUGUGAAUGCUGAGAUAUAUACAUACUCAAAUACAUGCAGACACACAGAUAUACAGACACAUAUACACACAGAUACACAACCGGACACACAUGGAAAUUCAGACACACACACAUAGAUACACCAAAACACACAAAUACAACAUACAGAUAUACACACAUAUAAUCACACUAACACAAACAGAUAUACUGGCACAUAUAGAGACAUACUGACACACACACACACACCCACGCACACAGACAUAAUGACGCACAAUGACAGACAUACUGGGACACACACUGACAGGCAUACUGACCCAUACACUGACACACACACACUAACAGACAUACUGACACACACAGAGAUAUACUGACUGUGAAGAAACUACCCUGUUUGGUUUGUUAAAUUAGAUUUUUUUUAGUUCGGUAGAUAAAACUACCAAACACCAACCACUCCCUGGCUCAUUAUCUACAAAGGAAACCGCAGGAUUAAGUGCUCUCCGUGCUCGGAUAGCCGAACGCCACGUGUUGGAGAAAAUGGCCGCUAUCUUGUUUGCAUGAAAAGAGGCAGCGGGACUUUGUCGUUGAGUGUCUGGAACUAAAAUCGGACAUUUGAUUUCCCGAAUGCCUGCUUCUUUUACCACAGCCAGGAGAGCGCUAUUCGGUAGUUUUGUUCCCAUGAAUUAGGGGAACAAACGCUAAAUAUGAGCCAGGGGAACAGUUUGUGAAUUUGAUCGGUUUUUAGACUUCCCAAGAUAGACUGACCGCUACCUCUGAAACUGUGGAACUAUUUUUGGGCAUAGAACCAUGCGUGCGGUUGGUCAAAUUAUGACUUACAGGAAAUUCCUGAACCCCUGAACUGAUCUGGGUGAUUUUUUGAAUAUGUUGGUGUGGAUUUUGUGUGUUUAAAUGUAUGUUUGGGGUUUUGUAAAAAUGUUUUUUGUGCCUAGAGUUAAUUGAGUUUAAUACAGUGCUGACUCAAUUAUCUCCUAGACACAGGGGGGGGAUUAACCUAUUUUGUAUGGGAGUGUCCUGGACCUGAGAGCCAAUGUAAUCGUGUGUAUGUUUUUACUGUAGUCUACUCUCAGGUUCAGGGGGAGUGCCCUUUGCAUGGGGACCUGCAUAUAAGGCCAGUUGGCCUGAAUAAAAUCAUUCCUGUUGUACCCUUCAUCUUGUUGAGGCUGAUGUUUUUGUAUGUGUAUGCUUACUGGGAGAAAUUACUGAAUACUGCAUUGCCUUCUGGAGAACAUCUGAACAAACACCCGAACUGCGAGCUAUAAUCACUCAGCAUUUAGCAGUUCAGAAGCGAACGGGUAUCUGACAUACCAGCGUUCAUAACACUGACAGACAUACUGACCCACACACACUGACUGACAUACUGACACACACACAGACUUUCCUGCUGGUGGCUGAAGGUGUUGGGAGUUGGGGUCUGGCUCUCUUGACCAGCCCCCCUCCACUCUGCCUACUCUUUUUUUUUUUUUCCCAUGUGCGCUCCUCUCUUUGUGUGAGGAAGUGAUGCGCGACCAUUACUUCCAUCCAGCCAGCUGCCGAAAAGCAAGGGGCCUGGUUUCACUUUUAAAGCGCCUCAGCAUGCGACCAGGCCUCUGCUGACAAAAUCCCCUUAGUGCAUGGGGCACCCGGUGGGCCUCUUUAGUGUGCGGGUUACCGGCUGGGCGGGGAGGGCAGAAAUGGUUGAGGCCAGCGGGGCCCACGGUGCAGAUGCUUUGGGCCCCCAGGAGUAACUGGGCCCGCGUUAAAGACGGCCCUGUACAUUGCUAAAGCGGAUGUUCUCUUUUGCUUUAGCAAAAUGAACUUGUAACGGAGCUCCAGGACUACCUCCGCCAAGUCUGCUUCAUUGUAGCUAUCAGGGACCCUGAAACACUUCAGACCCAGACGCCGAGGCUUGACUGGGAUCACUUAGGGCCUUUUCCACCCUGGACCAAACACUAGACGACACGUGGUGAAGGUUAAACAGCAACUCUUUAAUGACUACAGCACACAUAGUUUAAGCCCCCAACAGCCUAACUUACAUAGAUUAGAUUACUAUAGUACAAGGAAGGGUGGGGUCAGACAAUAGCAAGGGCUGAUGGGAGAUUGAAGAGGGACAGAGCAGCUAGAUUAAACUGGUCUGGCAGUGUUCCUGGGACAACACCCUGCUGGAGAAACAAUAGGACAGGAAAAAGGGGGGAUGGGGAUAUGCACAGACCAGCAAUACAUUCAACAUACACAAAUAAUAGGCACAAUGUGACAAAACACAAAAGAAAUUUGGGAGCCCAUCCAUAGUGUCUGUCUUUCAUCCCCAGUGAUGGUGACUACCGUCACAUAACUUAAUACAUAUUUGGAUGGUAUUGAGAGGCUAACAGGAAUAUGUACCCUUUCGGCACUCCAGAUGUUAUUGACUAUAUAGAAUAUUGCAUAUUCUAUGUUUCUAUUGAUUAUAUAUGGAUGUGUGGAUUGACAUAAGUAACAGAUGGUAUCAAUAAGUCACAAGGCUUUCUUUGUCCUAGAGCUCUGGAAUGUGGAUUUGGGGGUCUUGUCCUUAUAUGGCUAGAGUUAUAGUCUGACGUCAGUAUGGGCACUUCUAUAUAGUAACUGAACAAAGAGACACAAGGUCUCUUGGCUCUCUCUCGAUGUAAGGAUGUAACUCUCCCUUCAGGAGUCCAGCAAUUACCAUCUGCUGUUGAAAUCCAUUAUCCUGUAACAUCCUUUGUUGUUUUAUUAUGUAUCCGUAACUAAGAAUAAACCUGAAGAAACCGUAAGUGAGAUUGCGUAUUAGUACUUUUCAUUAAUAUAGACAUAUAUUAAUUUUGCGAGCAAGUUUGGCCCAAGACUAUAUAUACAAAAGACGUGUAUAUAUAUCAAUCAACUGAAGACAAGAAGAAAUUAAGAAGAUUUAACAUUAUCGUUCCAAACUAGAUUUUACAGACUACAUCUCUCUUGAUGCUUUGCCAGCAUUAUGACUGAAGAGGAUUAUGGGAGAUGUAGUCCAUAACAUCUGGAUGGCUGAAGAGUGUCUACCCAUCAGCCGAGGCUUCCUCCAUUAGUUUGGCUGUGUCAUGGGUGCCUUGCAGUGGGGAGUGUCAGCUUAAAAAAUAUUUAACCUUUUGGAGCAUCCACAGCCUACUUUCUCCACAACUACUAAAAUGUAGUUGUUCUAGUGCUUAGACUGUCCCUUUAAAGGUUGAAAAUAAAAAAGUAAAAAACAUAUUGUGAGAUUACUAUGCAUGCAAUAUAUACAAUAUGCAGAGACAUCCCUAGGCUACAUAGUGCUCGGGACAGAAACUGUAAAAAUAUUUUAAAUAAAAAAAAAUAUAUAUUUAAAAUGUUUUGUUUUUUUUUAAUCAAAAUUGUAAAAUAUAUAUAUAUUUUUUUUACCUUCAAAUUGUAUUUUAUUGAAAAGAUAACUAAACCUCUUCUUCUAGUACAAAAACAAAAUACAAACCAAAAAAAACAAACUUUAAUUGAAUUUCUUGCUUUCAACUAGUUUUGUGAUGUAGCUAUUCUUCCUUAUAAAGAAAUGAUUGAUGAAUUGUCCAGAUAGUAACUGGAGUCUUAAAGAAAUAAGAAGUUAUAUCUAAGGACAUUUAUUUCCUGAAUGAUACUUUCAAUCAUAAGAAACUUCAAACCGUUUGUUUUUUUUUUUCUCAGAUUUUAUUUGUUGUGUGUUCACCGAUGAGGCAAAAUAAAUAAAUUAUGAACUCAUGGUGGCAGCAAUAUUAUAAAUUGCUGUUUAUAUAAUUAGUUGAAACAGAGUAGAAAUUAUUUUCUGUUGAAAAGUUCUAAAAUCAGAGCAAUCUCCAGAGUAUAGAGUAUAUGGAUUUCUGUAAAAACAUACUUCUAAAUAAAUUUGUUUUUGAUUUUUAAAGAUCUUUGUUUACCUAGAUAUUUGUCAGUGUACAUAUGAAUCACUUUUAAAAUAAAUCCCGGUAUGUUUCAACCAAUUCUUUCUGAAAAUUUGAGUGUCCGUAUGUUUAUGACUUACCAGAUAGUUAAAAAUAUAUAUUUAUCCUCACUUCUGCUUUCUGUCUGGGUAUACAGCCCUGCCACGCCUAGUCAUUUCUAAAAUGCUGUAUGCGUGUGACUUGCCUUCUCAGAAACAAUUCCGUGUCUGUCUCCAAAGCAAGUAACAUGUACAUUCUAUAAAAAAUAUCAAUUUAAAAAAAAAAAACAGGACAGUGUUAUGCUGCACUUGUCAGAAUCAAUUCCAAAAAGUUUUAUUACACUGAACAUAAUCAACUCUUACAACACACUUUUUUUUUUUUUUUCCAGCAAUAAUGGGGUUCAUCUUAUUGAGGAAAUUCCUCAAGAAAAUCUACAAGCCUUUAUCAGAUGCUGUUUUGCAAUUGUAAACAGCUCUUUGUCUGAAGGGAUGUCAGCAGCCAUAUUGGAGGUAGGAGGUUAUAUUAAUAAUUCAUUUUAAAAAAAUAAUAAUUGCUUGGGUGCAACUAUCUCCCAGCAUGCAAUUAACACUAUCGCUGUAUGUGCAGUCUUUCAAGCUGAAAAACUACAUAUACAUACUCCUACCACCUUGACCAUUUCAAAUCACUGACGUGGUCAUGGUGGCUUGAGUAACCGUUUAAGCCCUUAUGUUAUUUCUCUAAAAAAAUAAAUACACGUCAAAACUCACAAGUUAGUUUUUUGUUUUUUUUUGGUUUAUUAUCAUAUGAAAGCAAAGCCAUGAUAAUUGACCUGGACUCCCAUGUGUAUUUUAAUAUGAAGUCAAUUAAUACAACAUAUAAUUCCCAGUGCACUCACUAACUUCAAAGUUCACAAAAUGUAAUAUUUUAAAAUUAUUAUAAUAAACACCUGAUGUAUGUGUGUGUAUAUAUAUAUAUAUGUAUGUAUGUAUAUAUAUAUAUAUAUAUAUAUAUAUAUAUAUAUAUAUAUAUCUCUCAAAAAUGAGAAUCCAGUGCACUCUCUUAUCUACUAAACAGCUACUUUGGUGCUGACCGAUUUUGUUAGUUUUAUUAAAACACUUAAUCUAGGCAAAAAAUUCUAAUUUUUUUGCCUAGAUUAGGUGUUUUUACUAAAACUAACAAAAUCGGUCAGCACCAAAGUAGCUGUUUAGUAUAUAAGGGAGUGCGCUGGAUUCUCACUUUUACUGUACUUAUUGGCCCCCAGCAGAUUAAAAAAAACUGCAAUAAUUACACUUGCAGGGUUAAGGGUGAUGGGAGAUGGCACCCAGACCACUCCAAUUGGCAGAAGUGGCCUGGAGUGUCCCUUUAAUUGCUCAAUCCGCUGGCGUAAACGGAAAGACUUGCAAGACUACAGACAGACAGAAAAAAAAUACAUGCAUGUUUUCUUUGGGCCAUAAUUUUAGAUCAAAAAUAACUAAUGAUUUGUAAUGUACCUAUAGCUGUAUACUUUGCAAACUAUUUAUGUUAAAUUCCAUACACCACUACUUUUCUAGUACUCAAUGUGACGUUCUAUAUUCCGUAUUAGUCCGCUCAAUUAUUGUUGAAGUCAACUUGGCAACACAGAAAUUCUCCUUUUGAAAAAAUGUUCAAUACUGGGCAUAGUAAACCUUGUUAUCCUGUAGUGUGUUUUUAUAAACAUCUCUGUAAAUUCUGUGAGGCUGUCAGUUGUAGUUUAUUUCCUAUUCAGUGCAAAAUUAUGCAAAACCUCUUUUAUUAAAAUAAAUUGCAGAAUUAUAAAAAAUGAAUAUGGGCGGAACAAAACGUAAGAGCCCUAAAACACACACAGAAGGAAGCAAGACACGCACCCUGAACUUACACACACAGAGCUAGACAAAUCAACUAGAGAACGUAACAUAAAGUAAGGACCACCUAGCUCGCCGCACUGAUCAGAAUACUUCUACCUAUUAAGCGAAGGCAAACUCGUCUGAUAAAGACUAGAGGAGAAACUAGAGAUGAGGGCCUGACGCAGACAGCACCUCUGUUGGGCAGGAUUAAACAUAAAACAUGCCCUGACACUUAGCUAGGAGUUACGGAACGCAUCCAACCCCAACUGGAUAAUCAUUGACUUCCCACAAAACACACAGACCAUAAUCACGAACGGACAGCCCAAGCUUUGUUUAACCGACACAAAAAGAGUAGCACUAAGCGCACAAGUAACCAGUUGGGGAACACCAAGCCAUCUCUAGCAGUGAACCCAGUACAAAAACACCAAUCAGAUGAAUCCCGGAAGCCACACGCGCUAUGCAUAAGCCUACAGAACUAGUCUGUAGUGACAACUCUAACACCGACCUCAUUACACACUACGACUCAUGCGAAGUGUCCGGUAUUUGUGAAUAUGUCUAUUGAUUUAGGAAUGAAGUUGUAAAUUGAAAAUACACAUAUGCAUUCUUACCACUAACCCUCCCAUCCCCUCUUGAUCCUUGUAACAUAUUCUACACACUUAAUAGUGGGAGCACCUCAAGGGACCUGUGUGUCCGUCAACAUUGCAGGCCUGUGAGCUCAGAUAACUAUGUACAUCACCGGUGUUUAACUUUUGACUACACUUUUUACUUGUUAUUGAAUUACAAAAAAAAAUUAUUUUUUUUUUCCUGUGGAUCUGCGAAUCUCACGCAUGUAUAAAAACUGCUUAAACAAAUAACUCUGAUUUACAAAAAAAAAAAAUUGCAGAAUUAUAGAAUUUGUUUUAAAUGUUUUAUGUGCUUACUUACCUGAAAUACUUGCUUUUUAAAACAGUCUCUUUUUUUUUUCAUUAGAUUCAAUGUCUUUCUUUAAUGGCUGUAACAAAUAUAUAUAAGAAAAAGGGCUUCACUGCAGUUAUGCUUAUUAGCCUGUUACCAGGUCACUCUGUAGGAAUUCUUGUUUUCCAUUUCAAAUACACUUAUUUUUUUUAGUCUAAAAAUAUCUGCACUUUUGAGCUGUCACAUCUGCAGAAAUAUAUAUUUCAAUUGUUUAGUUAAUGGAGAAAGUGCAUUGUUGAUGGCCUGUCUUAAGUUUUAUUUUCUUCUUCAUCAUUCAGUGUUUCUGACUAACAUUAACUCUUUACAGAUUAAGCACACAUAAAAAAUAAAAUACUGUUUUCAAUUUUACGUUAUUAAAAUCACCUAUCUUAGCAAACAAAUAUGGGGGUUCAGGUGCACCAUAUGGGCUUAUUGUGAUAAGCCCACCACUAUGUCCAAGUACCCAAAUAUCGGUGGGUCCUACACUCAUUUUAACAUAGGAGAUAAACAUGCCAACUACAAUGCUCAUUGCCUAAACUACUUCAAUAGACUCUCCCCAAUAUAUGCUUUCCUGGGUUACCUCUACAGGGGCACAUAAAGUGGAUCGGUGCGGUACUCACCCCAAUAGGAAUCUGGUCUGGAUUCCAAAUCUACACAGAAAAAAGAGGAAUUGGGGGCACACCUGGAACAUGCAUUACUAAGUUUUGUUGGUGCCGUAUAGAUCAAAAUUUACAUUAGUUCUUUAUCUAGACCUGAAGUGGUGAUAAAACUAUGUGAAUAUAUUAAAAAGCAAUCUAGUAGCAUAUCUUAAGAGUUGCUGUUGUUACUCCAAGCACUGCAACUACUUAACUAAUGUGAAAUUGUCAUAGUGCUUGAAGCCUGCACAUGCAGUGUUUUUGUUUGAAAUGCUGCACUUACAGAAAUAUAGCAUUUUUUUUUUUUUUGCUGCUGGGAAUGUAACUUCACCUCCAACAGUGUAAUUAUCUAGAUAAUGUUAAGCCCGUUCACAUUGGACGUCUGUCAUCAGCAUAGCCAAACCUCCCAAGUCUGUCCUCCGUAACAAACCUUACUUGCGCGAUUAAAAGUUAUUUUUUUUUUAACAUUCUCUUGUGCCAGGAAAACAAACCUGUUUCAAUGCUUUCCUAUAGGGAUUGUGGUAGCGCUGGAGGUCCUCUUGCAUAGCGUGAAGACGUCCAGCAUCGUUUAGACAACCAAAAGUCGUCUAAGAAGCUGGGAGUCCCUCUAGUGGCUGUCUGGUAGUCAGCCACUAGAUGAGGAUUCAACCCUGCAGGGUAAAUUACUGCAGUUUAUAAAAACUGCAAUAAUUACCCUUGCAGGGUUAAGGGUGAUGGGAUUUAGCACCCAGACCACUUUAACGGGCUGAAGUGGUCUGGGUGCCUACAGUGUCCCUUUAAGGGGGAAUAUGCUAGAACGUUUGUAGGUUUGUAACACUGUUUGUAGGUUGGAGUAAUACUUUUAUAUAAAUAAGAUUGGUUGUUAGUCCUUGUGAAGCAUGAGUAGGCAUCCCCAUGUGCAUAACAUGUCUGACAUCAAUUUAAAUUUAGAGAAGCAAUUCUGUCAGAUGUUUCUACAUUGAUCAAAUAAUAAAUGUUGUUUUUCCAGGUUAGUUUAGGCUAUUUGCAUUUUUCACAAUGGUGGGAGGGGGAGGGUUACAACCUUUUAAAUAGUAUUUUGCAAUAGCAAAUACUUUCACCUAUCUUUUACAAGGUAUAAGAAAAAGGGGGUCAAGCACCACACUUAGAGAAGAUAAAUACCACCUGAUUAUAUAAUAUCUAGAAAAAACAAAAACUGUACAUAGCGUUAUACAGUACAGAAAGAGGGUCAAAACAGGGAGGAGGCGGGAAGUGAGCGAACUCACAAGACAUUGGGAAAUUCAAGCUUGUCUUCCCAAAUAAGGGGUAAAAUACAUCUGAUGGUGCUUCAACUUGCAGCUGUAGGUUAUAAAAAGGAGGAGAGCCAAUAGCGUAAUAAAGUUAAGACAACAUUUUAAUGAUUAAAAAUGCACUUACAAGAAGGCAAUAUGUUCAGGCAUAUCUCCAAGGUGGACCCGGAACAGCACACUGCAAAGGGUUUGAUGGAGCAGGAACAAUAGCCAGUAAAUGAACAAUCUGUCCAAGACCCCUGAGGAAGUCCACGGAUUGGACGAAACGCGUUGGAUGU